GUAGAAUGAGAUUAGGCCGCACGCGUUGUUAUCGCACUUUGGCGCUGCAGUGUUAACCGCACAGAAUCCGCGUAAAGUUCAUCGUAACAGUAUGUUUGUCUGCGACUUCACACAAUUAUUUUAUUUAGAUGAUCGUUUAAAGUUCUGUGGUACAUGUGAUGUCUCAAGUGACCAGUGUUGAUCGAACAGUCGUCUGGGCUGUAUAAUUCUCAUUGAUAUAGUCCAAUGACCACCAAAAACGGUAGUAACAUUGUAGUUGAGUGGCUUCGGUCCCUUCACCUGGGUCAGUACGCCGAUUCAUUCUUAGACAACGGAUAUGACGACUUGGAAAUAUGUAAACAAGUAGGUGAUCCUGAUUUAGACGCUAUCGGUGUAUUCAAUCCAUCACACCGUAACAGACUAUUACAGUCGGUACGUACAUUGCGCGAGGAAGGUGCCGCUAGUGUUUAUUUUACACUUGAAGAAUCUGCUGCUAUACAAGAAGAAUGCAAGUAUGCAUCUGUCAAAGAUUGUGCUCCCAGUCCUGGUCAUUCAUCGGGCAGCAGCACACAAGAAUUACAGCAAGUUCAUUAUGAUGAGUAUGAAGAAGGCAAGGCUGAAUUAGUUAGGAUACCCAAACUUCAAUUGAAAUUACUGCUUAAGGAUAAAUUACUACAAGAUGGUAUUCGACUCAGUUCUCAACCUUAUACUACUCAGGUAAGAGUUAUUUACUAUUAUUUAAUUUAAUCCAAUGAAUUAGGGUAGCUAGGUACCUACUUCUGUAGGCAUUUAAUCAUUAGAUUGUUGGUUGUCUAAUAUAUUUAUAACCAGUACCUAGAUAGGUUUUAAUAAUUAUUCAUUUUAAUACACUCAGUAUAUAAUGUUAUGUUUAAUAUACACCUCUAAUUAUUAUUUAGAGUAUGUCCAAUUAGCAUAGUUAUAGGAAAAUAUUUAUCUGGUCCAAUACUGUCAGUGUUAUGGGCAUGUAAUUUUAAUUUUAGAAAUUUGUAUUUGAAAAAGUUGCAGCAAUUGAUUUAUAUUAUUAGGAAUUUAUUUUAUUCUUCAUAAAUUUGAUAUCUCUUAAUGAAAUUUUUUUAUUCGAUUAAUCCGAAGCUAUCUGUCAUUCACUGAAGUUCAAAGAAAUAAUUUAUAGUGUAAUAUUUAUUUCCUUUUAAAAAAAUAUGGUCUAUUUAAAUGCAUUUUUAGAUAUUUUCUGUAAAUUCAUAUUGGUACUUAGUAUAAAAGUUUUAAAUAUCUACUUUACCCAGGAAAAAAGUAAAAUUAGAUAGGUAGGUACCUACUUGAAAACAUUUGAACAACUAUACAUUCCUGUUUUUUAUUUUACAUAGUUAUUUCAAAAGAAAAAACAUUUUGAAAGUGAAAUAUUAAAAAUUAAAAGUAAGUACCUACCUUGUUGGAAAUUUAGAAAAAUCCAUUUAUGUUUACAUUACCUACUGAUCUAUAGUUAAUGUGCGGAUACUAUAGAUUUCUUAAAAUGAUUUUAAUAUUGUUUUUAAUGUAAUUUUUGGAAUUUUUUAAUUCAAAGUAACUAUUAAGUAUUUCUAAAAAUAUAUUUUGUCUUUAGAAAAAAAUUCAGAAAAUGCUUAAUACAUUAUAAAUGUGAAUGACUAAUUGAAAUUAAAAUAGAAAAAGUGUAGGUAUCUUUUAUUAUUAUUUUUUUUAAGACAUUUUGUAGGUAGGUAGAUCAUUAAAUUACUUUUAAUUUAUGUGUUAUGCCAUUUUAUUUGUCGUUUGAAAUGUGGAUAAUAAAUACUUAAGUCAUAAAGCCAUAAUGCUGAAAAGUAAAGACAAUACAAAUAAAUACUAAAUACAAUUAAAAAUACCGGUUAUUGUUAGUUCGAAUUACCGUAAAUAAUGUUGUUGGGAUAAUAAAGAAUUUGUUUUGGGGUAAGUGAUAAUUUUUCAUAAACACAUUUUAAUUUGGAGUUAUAUUCACCCCAUUCAUGGCUUCCCUUGGUCAUCCAAUUUUAAUAGAGUUAAUCUAAUGGUUAAUUAUUUACACCUACUAUUUAAAAAAAAAACUACAAAAUUUACAAAAAACAUAAUUAAUUAUUUAUAUCUAAUAUUUAUUUAUACUUUACUUAUUUUAAGAAUAUAAAUAAAUAUUAUUAUUCAUGUUUAUUAUUUUAAUAUUCCUACAUUUUUUUCUAUUUUUUAAUUUUUUUUUAUACAAUCAAAAGAUAUCUUUUGAGGUUGUAAAAAUAUUCGAAAAAUUCCACGUUGCACAGCAAUAUUGAACUUGGAUGGUGUUUUAGAAGUAUAAUUUUUCGAAUUAUCUACUCAGUAACUGUGUGAGUAAAUUUUAAUAUUUUGAAAAAAAAAAUCACCUAUCUACUUGGUUGAUUGUUAAUUGGAAUAUCAAAUAAUUAUUACGAUGAUAGGUAUUCAGUAAGCACUGAGCAGUCAAUAGUUUCAAGAAGUCUAAAUAAAAUAAAUACAAUUUAAAAAUGUUCACGGAAACGGUUUGUUUUAAAUUUAGAAUUUAAAUUACCUAAAGUAUAUACGUUAUUUCUAAGAAUUUUCAAUAACGUAGUAAGUAACUAUACAUUUAUUAUUUGUAUUUUAUAUACUAAUGAUAUUCUAACGAAAUUGAAAUAUUGUAUAUUUUAUUAAUAAAGAUAGGAUCGUCCACUUUAAUAUUAUGAAAUAUUAAUAAUAAUUAUAAAAUGAAAUUGCAAAACAAUAUGCGAUAAACUCACAAGCAACUAUUAUUAUUGGCUUAUCCGACGAAUCUUGUCAACAAUAUAUCGAAUGGGAAAAAAUGAAUCAAAAAUACAGAGCUUAUUUGCAUGAUAUUUGACAGUGCAGAUGUCGCUACAUCGCCGGAGAGCGCAUCAACUAUUCCAUUAUGAAAACGCAAUUUAUCCAUUAUUUUUAUUCGUUUGAAAUCAAUAAGUUCAAUCUGUCUCGACUCUCAGUUAAUAUAAGAACGUUUUGCAAAUGGGACUACUGACUUUCUCGACGACGAAAUAAUAAAACAUCAGCACCGUAUAAGAUGAAAUUUAUUGUUAUUUGAAAACAUUUUACGCUAGACGUUUGACGAAUUCGCGAUGAUUAAGUGAAUAAAAAAAAAAAAAAAAAAAAAAAAAUAAUUAAGAACAAAUAAUUUACGCACUAUACGAAUAAAUGAAUAAUAUUAAAUGGUAUAAUGUAUAUAAUCUCUGAUAUUAUCAUUGCAGAAUACAGACACAAUUACAUGCAAUGUUUGUAUUAAUUAUUUAUAUUGGAAAUCAAGUUCCUGAAGAUGGUCAAAAGUCUACACACUGAUAUUAUUAUAACUUAUGAAACUAAAGGAGGGGGAGACAUAGUACAUAGCAUUAUGUUGAGAUUUUCUUCGAAACCGCUCUGAUUAACAGUUUCCUUUUUCAUAGGCAACGAGGAUUAUUUGAAGGAUGAAAAAAGCUGAUUGACUGGUUUUCGAGAUCCGUGUUUGGGCAACGAGCAAUUAGACACUAAUACAGUAAAUUGACGGGUCGAAAAAAACUCAAUGAUAAUUUAAUACACAUAGUUCACAGUUUUUGCAAUAAUUGAUCUGUAUAACACACAAGACAUACGAAACGAAUUAAACAAUUCAACAGAAGAUUGUAAUAAAUCAAUAGAAACCACCAAAGUUUAGUUUACCAUAUUUUUCAACUUUAUAUUAAAGUCUAUAAUAAGUCCACAACAUAAAUAAAUAAUGAUUACCCGAAUAUGAAUGAUUAUGAUAACUAUGUAACCGAAUAAUACGAAUAUCAAUGAUAUCCCUUCAUAUUCUAAUAAUCAACUCAACGCCUAAUUUUAUACACCCAAUAAACUAUAAUUAUUCAUUCAAUAUUUCCCAUACAUUAAAAUUAUUAUUAUUUUUUUAUUCUAACCGGAAAUCCAUCUUGUAGAAAUAGUAAAAACAAAAAUAUAUUUAAGGUUCAUUAGAGGGAACAUGGGAUGAUGUAAUAUUGGGAAUGGCGCCAGUUGAUAGAAAUAAAAGGGUAAAACCAGACGAAACGUCUUCAGUUAUACGACUGAUAAAUAAUGUGAAAAACAAUGAUGUAGCCAUUGAUUAAAUAUACAGAUCCAAAGAGAUAAAAUAAUAAUAUUUUUGGGGCAGAAAAAUAAUAUAUUAUUUAGACUAUCCGUGUUGCAUUUUAUGCCAUCAAUCUCCUUCUAUAAUAACGAAAAACUAAAAAUGAUACUACUACGUAAAUAUUAGAAUUAUACAAAAACUAAUAAGUAUUUUAAAUCUGCUACUUUUAUGAACAAAUUACUACUAUUUACUUAAAUAACGAAUAAUAAUCGAAUAAUGAUUAAAACCGAAAAAAAACAUAGGACUAAUGGACAAUUUUACGAAAAUAAUGCUUUUAUUAUGUUAAAUUUUGCUUUUUCGUUAUUAUUCAAGUUAUAAAAUAUUCGUAGAGACUAGAAAUGUCGACGGAAAAUGUUUACUUACAUUUUUUAGACGUGGAAAAAUGUUCAAAACGUUUGAGUUAUUUUUGAGUUAUUCAUAGACAUUUUAAUUUUGCGAGUUUUUUUACGUAAUUUUAAUUUGGUAGGUAUGCCGUAGAUAAAUGGUUAGAUUUAACAGAAAUGCUUGGAAAUUUGAUAGAAUAUUUAAUAUAAAUCAAACUUAGUGAUCAGAAACAAAAAAUUAGUUUAAUGUAGGUUUUGUUUUUAUAAGAGUUAAAAUUAACGACAAUUGUAAAUAUUACGGCUUUUCAAAAUAUGUUUAACCGAAAUUCACUCUGAAUCGUUUUCCGUCAUUAAUGAUUUAUCGUUUGUUACAAGGUAUAAAUUAAAUAACUUUAUGUAUCCUACCUUCUCCACUACCCACCUACAACAGUGGCCGCAUGGCCCACUCUUUCCCAGUACCAGCUAUUUUAUUCUAUUUACAUAAAUAAAAGAAAUAACUAUAUAUAUAUUUUUAAACUUAUAAAUAUAUUGUAUUUAUUUUUUACAUUUUCUGGUUGUAAUUGUAAUGACUUCAACUAGUGCUAAAUUAUUUUAUUCAUAUUCUUAUUUUACUGGAUUAUUUGCUAACACUUUAGUAUCGAUCGUAUUUAUAAUUUAUACAUUUACAUUCAUUUCGUAUAACCAUUACAUUAAAUUGAAAGUCGUUUUUCCAUUGAUUAAAAAAAAAAGUUCGCAAACUCAGAUAACUUUUCAUGAAUUGAAUGCAAUUCAACUGAAAUGGGUUUACGAAAUGGGUUUGGCGAAGAUUUAGAUUAAAAAGACCAAUAUUUUGGCACACACAUUAUGACCACUUAAGAGUACUUUUAUGAUUUUUUUCCUGCGUUUCUUUACUAUCAAAACGUUUAAUAUAUUUUAUAUCUACUUUAUAUACUAUAAUUGUGAACUAUUAUUUAUGCAAUUAAAUUCUAAAUCGACAGUGGUAAAAGAUGAUUUAUUUUUUGUAAAUUGACUGAAUACUAAACUGUAUUUUACAAAUAUUAUCAUAUCAUUUUAUUGUGGAACUUUUGAUAUACUGGUACAUUCACUCAGCCAUUAACCUAAUUUCACAAAUGGUAUCGUAUUAAUUAUAAUUUAUAUACAAAUGUAGAGUUUGGACUCGACGAAUGCGAACCGGUAGACUUCUUAUCUAUUUUUUGAUUACUGCUCCUUGUUUCUAUAUAAGUACAGUCUUGGUAACUUCAAAUGUUACACAAGUAUCAACAUUUCAGAUAAAUUCAUUAAUUUAAGAUAGCUAGACAAUUUAUAAUUUGUACCCAUAAUAUAUUAGGUAUACUGUAUACAAUACAACACGCAUAUAAUUUAAUGAUUUACCGUAUGAUAUAAUAUGUGUUGGCUUUUGGUAAUUUCGCCCUAUAAAAUAUAGUAUUGUGUUAGACUUAUCGUUAAAUCGUGUUUUGACAGUACAUGGUAUCACAUGUUUAUCGACCCAAAACAUUUUACGACUCACGAACUUUGCGCAUAAUGUUUGGCAAAUGGUAAUUGUGUAUGUUCCUUGUAUAAAUGAACAACCCGCUAGCUGUUUGGAGUUUUUUGUUAUUCAAAUUGUGUUCGUUUAAAUUGUCGACGAACUUGUUAUUAUUUUAUUGCAUAGUUGACGCUGGUAUUUUUUUUCUAGGUUCUGAGCGUUACGAGAUAUUUAUUGGUUUUACAGUGAAAUGUAUUUCUUAAAUUGUUUUAUCAUUCAUUUGUUUUUUUAACUAAAUGACUACACACGUUACACAUUAUACGUUUUUAGAUAUCACAAGACUGAUUUGUAAUUAGUAAAGUAAAUUUCGAUUUUUUUCGAAUUUUUAUUUCUUUAUUUAAUGCUCUUGAUACUUUUUGUUUCAUCUAUUUAUUUAGUUUUUUCAACCUGUAUAGGGUUAUUUCACAACAAUCUUCCAGUUAUCUCUAUCGCUAAAUUCUUUCGAUUUGAUCAACCCCCCCCCCUCAAAGUUUCCGCAUUCUUUUCAACUACAUAUUCUUGUUUUUCUCGACGGCAUUUUGUUUACCGAAUUCUGGUUUUAACCGCCGGAACAGAUUUUGGCUUUUCCUGCGUAGGUUUUCUUUAUAAAUUCUAAAAUAUUCUUUUCUUUGUACAUUGUUUUUGGCUCUCUCUAUUUUUUUUUUAUCUUCGUCUUCAUAUUUCGGUUUUGAUCUCUUUUAGUGUUGUUUAUAAAUCUCAAAUAUAUUUCUAUAUCAUAUAUAUAUAUAUAUUAAAACUCAAAAAAUUAAAAUAAAUGCGGGAAACUGAACAUAUAAAACUUACAUAAUAUUAUAUGGUAAAUUAUUAAAGAACAUUUUACCGAGUUAUAAAAUUUGAAUAUGUAAGUAUACCAUUCUGUUAGGUAUUAAAUAAAUCACUAUAUACAUUUCUUAUCGUUUUUUCGUUCUUCUUUUCUUCUUAAACCCAAUAAAAAAUGUAAGAGUGUUUGUGUGUGAUAUAUAUUGUGUACGUAUCAUGGUAAGACUAGACAAUUAAUCUGACGGCAUUGGGUGGGUUUUAAUGUAUUCACGCUAAAGGGUCGGACAUAAAUCCCGGAACCUCUUAUCGGAAGCCUGUCCCUUCCGGCUUUCUCGGGACGCUGAUAGUGUCAAGAUAGCUCUGCUUUGGUCUUUAAGCCUUUACACGCUUCGAGAAAUUCAGUACCAAACUAAAGAGAAAAUCGUUCAAAUCGCUCGUUCGCACAAUGCGCAUAAGUACAGUUUUACCCAAGUUUUGUUCAAGGAAGGAAACCCCGAAUGCUGCAUCAACAUUAUUAAUUAAUAUGAAAAAAAAACCAUUAAUAAUUUAUUCUUUUUAAUGCCUUCUCAAUAUUUUAAAACAAUCUUUGCCAUUCGGGAUCAUUUUUGUUAUCUAUUGAUCAUAUUUUAAAUGUGUUCUAAUUACUUGGCUGAGCAAACAUAGUUACAUAAAUAAAAAGUCCUCUAAUAUCGAUAACAUUUUUUAUUAAUGAAUUAUGUACAGAAGAACGUAAUAUGUAUUGAAACAUCAUAAUUUAAUUUUUCUAAUCAUUAUUAAUUAUUAAUUUUUACAUAAAUUAAUUUAAUAUUGAAAUUAUUUUGACGGCAUUGUUUGUUAAUUACUUAUUUAAAAAUAUACGGUAAAUAUAAUAGUCGUAUGAAUGAUGAUUAUUUUUCAUAAUAAUAACUAUAAAUUCGGAAAUCAAUUGCAAUCGUACAUACUGCACAGCAUAUAUUAUUUACUAUUAAGUAUUAAGACGUUAAAAAAACAUGCUAUUUCGCCAAAAGUGUAUGUUUAAUAGCGAGAAAUAGAUUUUUACUGCAACAGAAUUAUAUUAUUUUAUUCUAUUCUUUUUUAGCAAUAAAAGAUUUAGGGAAUAUUAGGAACUCAAUAUUUGUAUACAUGACCUAUUUUACAAUAUUUAACUUUUGUUAAGUAUAUAUAGUUUAUAGUUGGUUAGACAGCAAUGAAUUAUACGGAUUUAUUUUUAAGUAUUUUAGUUUACAAUAAUAUACUCGUGGACUAGUGUACACGAUAAAUGCUCGUAUUUUAAAUUAAUAAUUUUUAAAGUUUGUGUUUAAUAAUAUUAUAAUAUUAUUAUAUACUACUACAAUAUGUUUAUAAUUUAUAUGCCACAUGUCAAAAAAAAAUACGCGCGUAACUGCAUACAUAUUAUAUUGUUGGAAAAUAUUUAUUUUAGAAUGAAAAAAAAACUUGAAUGGUACACCUAUUUUAUCUUUUGUUAAUAUUUCUCAGAAUAUUUCUGGACAGAUAUAUAAGUUGGUUGCCAGACGACUUUAUUAUAAACCAUAUUUUGUCUUGGAAAACAAAAACACUCUUAUGAUAAACAAUUAUUAUAUUAUUAUAUAUUCAUAAAAUAUGACGAUUGUUUUAUGCUUUUAGACAGGAGUAAACAUUAUUUUAUUUAACUCGAAUCUUGUUCAUUGUUAGGAAAUAAUAGUUUGCGGCAAGAGUCUUUGGUAAUUAUACGUAUUGUUGGUUAUUUAAGCAAUUAAAAUUUCAUAAAUAUUGUAGGUAAAAAAAAAAAUGUUAGGGUUAAAAUGCAUUCACUAGACCGGGAAAUAAUAGUCGUACAUUGUGUACCUUUAGACUAAGUUAUAAUUAGGUAGGUCGUAGGUACCCUAUUUAAAAAUGUCAAUUUCGUACUGAAGCACAUAAAAAUAUUUUACCUUGCAUGUGAUUGAUCGAACAAAACAAUAAUUAUUAUAUGAUUAAAGUAAUUUCUUUAAACUACUUAAUAUUCGUAUUAACCAUUAAUGUUUUUUUUUUUUACUAGUGUUUAUUUUUAAAAUAUGUACAAAAAAGUAUUACUUAAAAUUUGACUUAUAAUACGAAUUAUUGAAAUCAAGUAUUAAUUGAAUGCGUAAUGUUAGUGCUAGUAAAAAUUAAAAAAAACUGAUGGUUUUAUUGUUUUUAAAAAUAUCAUUUUAUGUAAAUCAAUGCGUUACCCCGUAUAGUAUUUAAUUUGAGUUUUGGUUGUGUUGUAUAUGUUCUAGUUAUGAGUUCUGAUCUUUUACCUACUAAAAUAUUAUAAAACAGUAUUUAUAAGCAACGUAACUAGUUGAAAUACGACAAAAAUAAAUAAAGUAUAAUAUUUGAAACACGUAUUAUUUAAGGCUAUUCCUUUUUCCUGAUAACAUUUAAUCAACUUUGGAACUUAUCAAGAGGGCCAGUUAGCAGAUACAAGUUCAAAAUGUUGGCUCUGAUAGUGCAAAAAAAAAAAAAAAAGAAAAAGCAAAAAGAAAGGGAAAUAAAGAAAACGAAGAAUAUGACGUGAGGGUUAUGUUUGUACUAUACGCGAGUAAACUAAUCUUCGACUCUAGGCACGUAAACUUCACAAAUGACAGCUUAGGGUCUCUUGGGAGGAGGUGGACGAGGUGGUGGCAGUAUAGUAGCGCGUAGGAGCAAAGCUAACAGAAACAAAAUUAUUAUUCGACGAUAGUAUUCCGGGGGUCUGCUGAUAAAUUUGACCCCAGCGCAUACGAGAAUCGUAAAAAUUAAUCCUAACACUUUGGCGUUGUAGCUGCACCGUCAUCCUGCCUCCACCAUACAACUCGUCACGUAAAAUGUUAGAUAUUUACAUUAUUUACAAAACGAACGCCCUUUAUAUUAUUUUACUGGUGCUCUCACACUCGUUUUUGGCCGUAGACGAAAAUAUAAAUUGUUCGGACAUACAUUCUAUCUAUACGUUGUAUGUUGUACACGAAUACACGCACAUACACUCCAGUACAUAGAGGUAGUAAGAAUGUAUAAUACAAUGUGAUCAUAACAAUACAUAUUUCGGUCGGUUAGAAUUUUGGAUUAAAAUUUUGUUUUUAGAAGGUAAUAGGGAGUACAGAAAUACACUUAUAAGAAUACAUUUAAAAUGUUUAAUACUAAAUUUGAAUAGUCAUAUUUAUUUUAUUUUAUUAUAACGACUUUGGUUAAAAUAAUUAUUUUUCUGUUUCGAAAAUUAUUUGAGAUACAGCUAUUAUGUAAAGUUUAUUAAAAAAAUUAAAGCUAAUAAUAAAUUAUAAAUGGAAAAAUUAUACUUUUUAAUAAACUUUAAAAUGAAAAUGGCUGUAUAUCGAGUAAUUUGUUGGGUAGAAAAAAUAACACAGCUUAGUGAAAGUUGCUUUAAAAAUAUAGAAGUAUUCGAAUCCGGUGUUAAAAAAGGCGUUUUUAUAAGUUUUAUCGCGCACUGAAAGGUUUAAUAAUUCGAAAAAUAUAAUAAACGUGUGUUUUAGCACUAUUUGUUGCCUUCCAAAUAUCGAAAUUAAAUCGAAGGUCACUCAGCCAAAAUAUUUAGUAUUACCUAAAAAUAUAAUCGUACCAUAGGUAUAGUAUCGUACCUAUAUAUUUACCAUAUUUCGGAAAGGAUGAUGGUAACUGGUGGUUAUAUAUGAUGGUGUGUCCACUAACGAGAAAAGGCUGGGCAGACGUUCUCGGUUGAUAGAAGCUAAUCAAGACGACCCCUUAUGCGCAUAAUUGGAAAGGUACUAUGGUGACCGGGUGAGUGGUGGCUGGGGGGGUACAGCGAAGGGGUCUUUUUGCCACCGCAUCGCCGCCACUGUUGGUAAUAAUAUUUCUGCUGGGAAUUUUCGCAAACUGCUUUCGCCAGUAGCCCUGCAACCCUCAUUACAGAACGCAUAAUGUAUAAUAAUAAUAAUAAUAAUAUACAAACGCGACUAAUAUAAAAAAGUGAUGCUUUAAUAUAAUUUAAUGAUAAUAUCGUAUGUAAUUAACGUUUAAAUCCGUGUUGGUAAACUAUUUUGGUUUCAAGGAGAAGGUCUUUGGACAUUUUUGUGUAGUUGUUAAUACAAACAAAUUAAGUUUUGAAAAUGCAUACACUUAUUUUGAAAAUAUGUACACCUGUAAUUUAGACAAAAAAAUAAAAGGAAAACAAUCAUACAACAAAAAAAUUCUAAAAUUGACUUAAGUCUUUCUUCUUUAGGACUGAAGAUAUAUUCAGAAAACCGCCAAUACGGCUAACUUUUGUUACUAUUAAAAUUUAAAACUCCGAAGAAUGAUGCCAUCUUUUGAAAAUACAUUAAAACAUUGUUAAUUAAAUUUCACCCGCUGGCCGUCAAAAAUAUAUAUUAUUUUUAAGUGGUGGGAAUUAUUCAUUAUCCUGUUCUAUUAAAAUGGUGCGAGUAAUUAUGGGACACUGCUAUAGUUUCUUAUUAUUAUGUUUAAUAACAGUUUUUAUAAUCGUCGUAUAUAUUUUAUGCCGAAUGUGUAUGAAUUCGUUAAUAAGGACUGUGUUAUAAAUCUAAAAUCGUCAUUUUGUAUUUCUAUUUCUAUUUGGAUACUGAGCGAAAUGAAGCUGUUGUUUAUUAUAGUCAAUGACGUAUGCUUUUUUGGAUUCCAAACGAAGUGAGGAAUGUAUUGGUUUUACUGUGAUAUGUGAGUUUUUUCUUCUAUCUGUAAACAACUUUUCUACUAAAAAUCUUACUACGAUUUUCAAAUGUAGCAUCUGUUUUGAUAAUUUGUUUAGUUAGAAUACAUUUUAAUUGUCAUUUUUGGUUUUCUUUGUAGUUGUUUUAAUUGGAUAAAACAAGUAAAUUUACAUAUUAAUGGUUUCCAUUAUUUUCGAUUUUUGUUUUUUGCUGUAAUUUAGUUUAAAAUAAUUUAGACGUUCAAUUUUAAAAACAUUUUGUCAAUUUUUGAAUUAUUUAUAAACUAUUUGAAAUUAUCAAGCUUUUUGAGUUAUUAUUUGGAUAAAAUUGUUUUGGCCUCUAAUAAAAAAAAAUACAAAUAAUUGCAUUUUUCGUUAAGUAUUGUUGACUUUUUAAUUGUAAAUGUUACAAAUUUGUUAUUAGUAAUUGUUAACUAUUUGUAAAAAACACGAGUUGUGCCCUUAAAUUUAAAAUUCAAUUAUCUUUACAUUAAUCGUUUUUCGACCGUAAUAAUACUAAUGAUUAAUACUUAUAGUAUUAAUAUUUGAAUUUAAAAUAAUAAAACCAUACAUCAUUAUUCUUUGCCAAUUUAUGUUCUCUAUUUCGUAAUAUUAGUUUAUCUAAUAUCUGUAUAAUUUGUAUGCAGUUAAUAUUUUAUAAUAUUUUGUGGUCCAUGGGCCUGAUAAAAAUUUAUUUAUAUUUAAAAAAAAAUAAUGUUGCUUAUUAUUUUUGUAUAGAUAUCUAAUUUAAUUUCGGUGAAUAUAAAAGCGCCUUAAAAGUUCUUCUUAUGAAAUAACUAACAUUUUUGAGAAAAAAAAAAUAAAAAAAAUAAUUGUUUAACGAAUGACUCCUUUCAGAAUUUAUAAUUUCGUCUAUCAAUUUUAUUGUUAUUUUAUAUUUUAAUAAUACGUCUAAUAAGUCUUAAUCUUAUUCAGUUUAAAAUUUAAAUUGUUUUGUUUAUAAACAUUAUGAAAAAUAUUAUUUUUUUGUGAAUCCACUACAAUGUAAUAUUAAUAAUUAUAAAAGGUAUGUACUAUAAUAAUUUUAUUAUAAAAUCAAUACCAUAAAAGAAAAUUGUCUAAAAUACAGAAUAUACUUUUUGUGGAAUUUUCCCCGAAAAUGGAACUUAUAGUACUGUGUUGUUUAUGUUAUAUACUCGUACAUAUAUAUAUAUAUAUAUAUAUAUUUUUCCCACUAAUUUCUGAAAUUUCAAGUCUUUCAUUCUAGAUCAGAUUAUCCUAAACUUGGGAAUUAGAGUUUUUUUAGCUAUAUUAAGGUGAUACAAAUUGGGCUGAAUUUCGAUAUGAAUUUAACUAUGUUGUUGUGACUUGAUGGUGUAUUUUAACUUUGUAUAUUUCUAUAGGACUCUUUAAACUAUACUAGGGGAUACAAAUUUGUAUAUUCAUGACGUUCGUGUCAAGCAACUUUAAGUUCUUUGGGGAUUUCAACUUUCAAUGAUUACUAAAUUCACUUUUAUGAUCAAAUAUCUUAGUUUUUUUGUUUAAGUUUCUACCUAUAGUAUAAUUUAUUGUGUACAGUAGGUAUAGUGUUGUUUUAUAGUAUUUUUUUUAUUUAUUGUUUUGAAAAGUUUUAUAACAUAAAGUAAGAGGAGGGAAAUCAGAUUCUAGUGAACAAGCUCUGCUGUUUACGGGUAUUUUAUAUCUAUGUGUUUGCUUAUUCUAAUAAAUAUAUUUCCAGCUUAUUGAUUUAAAUAAAUAUAUAUGGUACUGAUUUUGCUUAAAAUUUACUCGUUAUUAUAUUAUUUAAGUUUAUUCCGGAACCGCUUGAUUGACUUUUAUGUAAUUCGGGUAGUUUGAUGUAAGAUUGAAUGUAAUAUUCUUAUCAAGUUAAAAGUUAACCCAUUUGCAUUAAAAUCAAAAUUACGCAUUAUUAUAAUAAUAAUUCCUUGUCUGCGGUUAUUGUGUAUUGCACGUGCUUUUCAUCAAAAGAAUUUUUAUUUCCAUCCUAAAGGUUAAUGACACUUGUAUAAACUCAGUCGAACGCAAUCCCGAAGUGCCCUCUAUCCUUCUCGUCAUUUCUCUCCGGUUUAUCCUGUAUAGACGUGUGAAAAUUUAAACACAUCGUCUCCACCUCGGUAAGAGUAUUAUAAUUAUAAAUUAUUAUUAUUAUUAUUAUUAUUACGGAGAAGUCGAGAGCCAGUUAAAAGCCACUUGUGCAAAAGUUUUUGGAACACCUUAUGGCGCCGUAUAACCAUCCGACCGAGUCGACAAUUUGUCCGGUGCGCACCUGCUGGCACGUUAAAAAAUAAUAUACGAAUAUUCAUAACUGUAUUUAUAUCUUUUGCGACCCGGCGGUGGCGCCAGUGCCUUUAGCCGUGUGUAUUGCUGACGUAAUGUGCUUUAGUCGCAUAAUUCGAGGAUCGGCUAUGUAUACCCAUUCACUGGUAUAAUCGAGAAAACCCAUUAGGUCGCAUGACCUAGACAGGUUAAACAUAACUCUUGAGAUGUAAAAAUUCGCAUUUUCAAUGGGACUCGAGCGGGAAAAAAAGCAUUCAUUAAUUUUUUUUUUAGUUCUCUAAAACAUUAACAUUUCGAAUGGAUUGACAUCAUCGUUCUAAAAAAAAAGAGGUCUUCAUUUUUAUAUUUCGAGACAAUGAAACGCUGUGCAUGUUUUUUUUUUUUUUUUUAGGUUAAAAUGGCGUCCAAAAAAAUGUCGUUUGAAUUGUUUGAGAAUACUCCUUGAUUUUUUUUUUUAAUUUUUAUUAUCAACAUGCACAAAACAGAUUGCUUUGAAAAGUAACGAAAAAGAAAAAGUUUAUCCAUUAAUCCAGCUUAUUAAGCACGAAAUAACUACGAAUUUCAUUGGCACCCCGUUGGUCGAACAGAUGAAAAAAAUAAAAUAAAUUUAUUAGAUUCGUUUGGCGAAAAAUAACGGCCGGGAAUUUGGGUAUAGAAUUAAUUGGUUUUAUUGCAAAAAGUUCCUGUUAAACGAUUUUUCGAACACCAAUGCAGUGACGUACAAUAAUUCUUUCCCUGUUCGAAAAUUGUCGAGGGUUCAAAAAGACCCUCUUAUUUAUAUACGUAUAAUAUAGAUAUAUAUUUAUACAUAUAUCUUAUAAAAAUAAAUCCAUUUUUAUACAUACCUACUACAGGGGGGAGGGAGGGGGGUUAAUCGUAAAUUUACGGCAACAAUAGUAAAUGAAUAACCGACAAGUAAAAAACCCUUUGAAAUAAAGGUCGCUUACCGCUAUCAUAUUUUUUCGCUUUAUAGUUUCUAGUGCACAUUCCUGCGGCGGCCACAAUAAUACGCGCACACUACAUUACCGCCCCAGAUGCCCUUUUUGAGCGCAAAGGUUUCGCCGUGUGAAUGAUGUAACAUUCACGGUCCCGAGGCGAAACGAAGGAACAUCGCCCGCUCCGCUGUGCGGCACUUUCCCGUUAUCAUCGUUACUACUCGUCGGCGUGUUAUCCUGGAAUCCGGGCCGUUAAUUUAUUAAACGGGAUAAAGUCGGCCACCAACAUAAAUAACGCGUGCGCGUCCUCCUUACUCUCUCCCCUCUCUAAACAUUUUGCUCGAGCCGCACACUGCCCACUUGCUCACUUGUCCUACCUACUUAUAUUAUGCAUACAUAUACGUGAUAUACCUACACAUAUUACAGGUAUUUAAACGAACAGGUUGAUAGGAUGACACGACUGUUUUUGCCCCCGUCCGUCUUCCGCGUGAUGUCCUUUUUGCGCUGGUCCGUCUAUCACGCACCGCCACCGCCGUAAUAGAAUUUACGACUGUAGGAACAAUGCACCUGUAUAUUAUAUUAUUAUAAAAGAGAGGAGAGACUAUUUUAAUGUUGUACCGAAAUGGCGACAGCGACAUGCCCACCACCGCCGUAUAUAUACGCAAAGAACAAAAUGAACACCGCCGCUGCCGCCGCCGCCCGUAUAGAUUCCGCUUCCUCUGGGGAAAUUUGGCGUUUUCGCUACGCCCUCCCUUGGCCCGCGCAGCACUGGAACUCGUUUUAUUGUUCUCCUCUGUCCCGAAUGAAUUAGGAAUGUGAACGGAAUUUUUCUACUCGGUUUAACAUCCCUUCAAAAUCCAUUCACUUUCCGACGACUUGGGUAUUUUUAACCACAUAUUAUUAUAUUAUAUACGCACGUUGAGCAAACUAUGCCAAUACACGCACGUAUUACCUAUAAUAAUACUCGGUAUAUUUAAAUGAUUUUUUUAAAUUUAAUAACUUUUAUCCAACAUUUGUGAGAAACAAUAUAUAUAUAGUGGCACUUUGCAAAUUUGUAUUCUAUUUAACAUUAAAAUAACCAAAUAUUAUAGAUUGUUAAAAAAAUGUUCAUUUUUUUUUCUUGUGUGAACAGCAGUCGUCAAACUAGAGUAUGCACAUUGUUAUCAGCUAGUUUAAUUACAUGAUUUACUGGACUAACGGCGUCUUUAACAAUGUCUUUGACUAAUAAUUGGUAACGCUGUUUGUUCUCAAGCAAAGUUGCCACUGUUAUCACAUUAAAUGAAUGCCGAUAAUCGGAUUCAAUCGACUAGUUUAAAAAUUAUUGUUUGCAUUUACGAAUAAAAAUAAUCGCCUCUUUGAGUUAGGUAUACUGUUAAUCGAUUUGAGUUAAUUUCCAAGCAAAAAAAAAAAUUGAUCACAACGUUCCUAUUUAUUAUUGUUUAUAAUUAAUAAAUAUCAUUAUUUUAGAAAUUAACUAAAUUUACUAUAUAUUUUUUUUUUAAACAUUUAUCUAAAUUAUUUAGAUUUGUAUUAUAAUCUAAUAAUCUAAAAUCAAUAUGAUGGAUGUUAUGUUUAUAUUCCUUAGGCACGUACUUAACUUAAAUAUUAUUUUUAUUUGUUUGUUUAUUUUCUUAAAUAAUUACAAAUUAAAAAUGUUGGUUUUGUUUGUUGUUAAAAAUGUUAUAAUCGACGUAUAUUUUUGGUAAAUAUUCGAAUCGUAGAUAAACAAUAAUAAUUGUAACCGUUAAAAAUUGAAAUUUAUUUUACUGAGAAUAAAAAAAAAAAAUUAAAAGAGAAUAAAAAUUUACGAGAUCAUAAAAAACCGAAACACCCCUUUUUGUUAAAUUAAAAUAAAUGUUUUUAUGAAGAAUGUAUCUUUAUUAAACGACUUAAGCCAUUUGUGUCGUAGCUCAAUUUUUAACAAUCGGCCUGGUCAUAUUACUCUACAGAACCUAACCCUUUUUAUAUCUCUUCUAAGUUUUUUUUUCUUCCAAAAAAUUGGAUUUUUAUAAAACGUUAACAAAGAAUAAUAGCAACAAUGUAGUGUAUUAUUGCUUAAGAUUUAUUUUAAAAUUAAAUUAUGUACAAUUUUAAAUUUAAAAAAAUAAUAUAAUAUUGAAGUUUUACAGUUCAUUAUAUCAGUUAUAAAAUAAAUUAAUUUUGACAAAAUGUAAAACAUUUUAAAUAGCUAUUGCUAUAAUAAUAAUCAUAAAAAAUGAUGUAAAAUCAAAAUUAAUAAAAAAAAAUAGUAGAUAGACAGUGAUAUGACGUCUAUCGCAAUUCGUUCUUUUUGAGUUAUAGUAUUAAGCAAACUAUUGUUUUAGGUUAGACUCGUUAAAUCUUGAAACAAUUUUUAAAAAUUAUUGUUUUAACGUUUACUUAGAUUUAUUUCAAUGGUUUUAAGCUAGAAUGUAUUGCCAUAUGUGUUUUUAGAUUCUGAUUGAAGUGCAAAAUGUAUUGAUUUUACUCUGAUGUGUGCUUAUUUAUUUAUUUAUCUAUUCUUUUUAAAUUUUUCUGUCUGUGAGCAACUUUUGUAUCAAAAAUCUAGUUCCAAUCAAAAAAAGAAAAACUACCUUUUUGUUGAAUUUGAAUCGCAUUGAAUUGCAUUGAAGAGGUAAUUUUUUGAAUUUCCAAGUUGUUUUAACAGUUAUUUGGAAAAACCGAGAAAAAAGUGUAGGAAUAUGAACAAAUAUUUAUGGCUUAUUUAAUGAUUUAAUAAUUUUAAAUUGUUAAUGAGUUUUGUUUUCUACCAGAAAUCUUGCUUUGAAUUUAAAAAGUAGUUUAUUUUCUAAAAAUAAAUGUUUCUAGUUAGUGAUUAUUAAUUACCGAAUCAUUGACUAAGAAAUUCAUAAUAAUUGGGAAAAAACGUAGAUACUUUCCCACGUUAACGCUUCCAUUGUUUUUAAAUUUUCGAUUUUGUUUUGUGUAGAAAUUCAGUUAAAAAUAAUUAUAGAAAUACUUAUAUUAGCUUUUUAUUGACGUGGUAAAAUGUUAAAAACAUUCUAACGGUUUUUGAACUGUUUAUUAAAAAUUAGAUAUUUCUAGUUUUUUUUUAGUUUUUAGUUAAUGUAAUGUAGAUAUAAUUGUUUAGCCAAAAAAAAUGUUUAAAAAAUUGUAAAAAUUACAUAACGGUAUUUUAGAACAUUUAUAAUGAUACUUCGCUCAGAAUCAUUUUUCUUUGGUUAUAGUUUAUCUCUGGGUAUAGAUAAAAAUUAAAUAACUUUAUGUAUUCUAAUUUCCCAACUUUUUUUUACAUAUUUUAUUGUCAAGAUAUUGCAUUGGAAUAUUCCUUUAACUGAUAAAUGUCCUUUUUAAUAUACUCUUUGUGUUUAAUUCUUAUAUUCAUACAUUUUAAUUUAGUCGUGUACUUUUUUCCAAUAAUGUUUAUUAUUUAAAAAAAAAAACAUUUUCUAAAACAAAACAAAAAAUCCGUACAGAUAACAGAUUUACACUUUGUUUAGAAGUUAAAAUGGCAUAAUAUUUUUAACGUUAAAAGUUAUAAUCACUUAAAUAAAGACGUUUUUUUUUUUUUUAGAUUUAUUUAUUUAAAAUUCGAUUUAUAUAUUUAUGCAUUUCAAUUACAAGAAAAUUACAAAAUGUGUUAUAAUUAUUUGAGGUUUUCAAAUAUCCGAUUGUAAAUAUAGUUUUAACUGCUCAUCGAUUGAUUAAAAAUCAAUUUCGUAUAUUGCUUUCGAGUGCCUACUUAAACUCACACAGAUAUUCGUUUUCCGGAUUUAUAUACAUUCUUCGAUAUAAAGAAAUAAUUUUCAUCGAUGUACUUCUGGAAGUAAUAUCCUUUGGAGCAUCAGAAUAUCGGCCGUUUGGUACGAUAAUAAUAAGAAACAAUAGUUUAAACGCAAUGCAAAAUAUCCUCCACAUCAUCGUAAUAAAAUGCAGUGUUUGUUUCAUUCACAGUUCGCAUUAUUCUGUACUAUAAAAGAAUAUAAAUAAUACGGGGUCAUCCAUAUGGGCAUUACACUGCAGGUUAUACAUGAGAAAUAACAUUUUAUAUGGGAUCCGGAGUGCACCUGUUCGUUUUUCAUAAUAAUAAUACAUAUAAGUAAUACACAAAAACCGUAUUCUCCCUUUCUUGCGUUAUUAUUACCAUGUCGGUUUUCUGAUUACUUUAACUAUACUGUCUUAGUAUUACAACACUAUAUACAAUAAUAAUAAUAAAAAUACAUACUGUUACUGUAUGUACGUUAAAUAACUCCCAGAGAAAAAUUACUAAAAAAAAAAACUGCUGAUGAGUGUAUCGCUGUUUAUGGAGGAAUGUUGGAUGGAUAGAUACAGAGAGUAAUUUAAAUUAUAUUUGCAUGCCACGAUAAAUUAUUGCUAACGAAAAACAACUCUGAGUGUUAUAUUUUGAUUUUAAAAUGAUGUUAUACCCGCAUCUACUUAUCCAUCAUUCCAACUAUCGGGUAAAAUGCAAAAACAAUAAUACUUACGCAGAAUAAGUAAAACUAACUUAAUUUUAAUUUUAGAGUGAAAGUACCAAUUAUAAAAUUUAUUGAGAACAAUAUUUUGAAGGAAAUUUCUUUAGGUUUUUGUAUUAUUCAAAAUAUACAGCUUAAUGUAAAAAAAAUACAAAAAUCUUUUCUUUUUUUUAAUAACUGUAACUUUUUUUAAUAGUUCGUAAUUCAAAAAACACCUAUGACAUUCCUUCCAAAAUGUGUGUAUAAAUUUCAUGUUAGGUACUUUUACUCUAUAACAUCAAAAUUAAGCUAGUUUUAAUUAUUUUCCUUAAACAUUGUUUUUUCAUAUUACCUGGUAGGGUAGUUCGAUUGAGACAGUAGAUGCGGUUUUGUUGGUUCUCAAAACAAUAAAGAUUACCAUUUGUGUUGAUUUAUUAAAAAAAUCAAAAAAUGGCUUCCCCAAUGUACCAUCUAGAACUAUACCUAAUACUACAAGUAAGUUAUUUUUACAAAGUUUUUUGCUAGAGUAAGAUUUUUGGUAGAAUAGUUGUUUACAAAUCACUUUGCUCAGAAUCUAAAACUAGAUAGAAAAUCGUAUACGGUUACUGUACAUUAUUUUCUUCUUUUACAUUCUGUUUAUAUUUAAACUCGUCGGGGAAGAUCAAUUAUUCAGAGUUGUAUAUUAUUAUAUUAUAUUAUGCGGUACUGUACGAUAAGGGGCCGAAAAAGCGGUAAAAGUUGAAAAAUUAAUCCCCGGGGGUCGGGUUUGAACUAACGCACACCGCGUUACAACGGCAGCUAAAAGAAUAUUCGUUGCUAGUAUACGUAGUCGGCUGUUUUUUAUUCAAUAUUUUCAAAGCCGAAAACUUUUUUUUGUUUGCCUCGUGUACAUCAUAGAUCAUACGUAUACAGUAGUUUUAGCGGGGUUUUUGUUCGCGGUUUUUGCCUGAUACGGGGUGCGUGGGGUUUCCGAAAAAUUAGAAGUCGUUUGUUUAGAUGUCGCCACGAUAACGGUGGCGGUGGUGGCAUUUUAUCUUUCCGCGGCCGUUGAAUAUCUGCAAGGGGUGAGAGCUGCGUAUACCUACCCCAUAUUAAAGCUUGCAGGCCGAGCGUAACCCGUGACAAUAGAAUUAUGUGCGUGUGUAGACAUUUUAAAGAGUCGGAGCAACAAUGAGUGUUUAAAGUAGGCGGAUAACACACCGUGACCACGGCUAGAGGUGUAGAAAAAAAAAUAAAUGUGCACAAGCGGCGCAAGGUCUUGGUGAUAAAUGACUUGUGUAAAUAACGUGGACGUGUCGUUGUCAGACGGGGCCUCCGCAAUGAGUGUUUUCCGAAACUGUUAAAUAAUAAUAAUUAUAAAUAAAGAUUGGCCGUCACGAUUUAUUAUUAGAAAAGAAAUCAUUAUGAUCUUUUUGGGAAAAAUAAAAUAAAAAUAUUUUUACGAAUUAUUUCGUAUCGUAGUUCAUUUGAAAAUUUUUAUAUAUUCUUUAUUAUUAUAUUAUAAUAUUAACCAUCGCAUAUUUUUCAUUGUUAAUUUGUAUUUUUACAAUAGGUAUUCGUAAUAUGUAUACUAUACAUAUUAAUAUACAUAUAAUAUUAUUAUUAUUAUUAUUAUUAAAUAUAUAUUAUUAUAAUAAUAUUAAUUAAUACUAUACAUAUUAUACAUAUUGUUUACAUUGUAUACUGGCGUCUGGCAGUGUAGACAUUUAUUUUAUUUCUUUUUUCAUGGUAUAUCAUACCUGCAGAUAUUAUAUUUAUUUAUUUCAGUAUUAAAAUAAAUUGCGAAUUUUUUUUUCAUAAUCAACCGAAUUUUUAAGUACCUAUAAUAUAUUUCUCCGACAACAAAGACAAUUUACUUAUUUAAAACUAUUCAUACCACUUUAUUAUUAUUAUUUUUUUUUUCUUAAAUAAGCUGACGUACCUUAAAAACCUAUAUAGAAUUUUGGUAUUCUAAUUUUUCAUAAUUAUUAUUUAUUUAUGUAUAUAUGAUAGGUUAUAUUUACAUAAUAAAAAACAUGAGAAAUAAUUAUAAACCAUACACACAAAAUUUAAAAUUUUUAAAAGAACAGAAUUGAAAAGUAUGUAGUAAAGUGGAACUCAGUAGACCGUAGUCAGGGUAACAUUUUAUUAGAGGGAGCUAGGGGUACUCGUGUUCUCGGGACCCAUGAUUUGACUUAGCCACGUACGUUUUACUUUUAUAUAAAAUACAAAAAUUAUUCUGAAAUAUAAAUUAAUGUUUUAUAUUUUAAAUAAAUAAUAAUGAAGUAUUACUUAUUAAACUCGUGUAAUUAUUUUUUAAAUUGAGUGAAAUGUGAUUAUCAUUUUGAUGUCUUAACUAUUUCAUAUUUGGUACAUUGAUUGCUGUUUAAAAUUUUACCCACAUGUACUUUGUUGCGUGAAACAGAGUUUUAUUUAAAAUUGUCAGUCGUUCAAGCAAUUGUUGUUUUAUUGUGUUUUUAUACUUAGAGACUACUAUCCCUUUUUGUCUCAAAAUAGUUUUAUAAUUAUUAUAGGUCUAUCAAUUAUUUCUUUUGAAGCUAUACAAACUUAAAAACUGUAAAAACUUACUUUAAUAUAAUAUAAGAGUAUUAUGGUGAAUUUGUUCCAUAAAUAACAAUAUAAUGGCUAAAACUAUGUUUAAAUGGUUGCGAAUAUAGACUGCAAUAAAGGGAUUGUCUGCGUUACAUGAGUUCUCCGUAUAAACAUCUUAUAAACCGAUCAUGGACUAAUAAACAAAACAAAUCUCGUAUUGUUGUCAUCGAUACUUACUCGAAUAUGACCAACACCCCUCGACCGGCUGAACCAAAUGUGACUGAUUAAUUUUCCUUUCGACUGUCGCUCUCCCCUUUCAAUGUAUUAUUAGCAUUGUGCUAGACUUUCGCCUUCUCUUCUUCCCUUCUUUCUUUGCCUACGAAUUGGCCAUCCCUUCGAUUCACUCUACUUUGUGUUCGUUUAUUUAUUAGUUUAAAAACCUUCUUUAGAAUUUUUUCGAUAUCGUAUAUAUUCGUCGUAUUUUCCGUUUUAACUUAGUUAUAUAUCUACUUGUACUUGUCCCUUCAACUUUGCACUGCGACCGCCGCCGAAUCUUCAAACUUGAUUACACUCUCUUCGCAAAGUUUUGAACGGUUGUGUCAACACGGAUUUCCUUCUCCUCUCCAAACGAAAUCAAAAUGAAACGUGUGUAUGUAUAAUACAUUUUUACAACAAGGUUAGUUCCGUACAUCUUCCACUCUGUACCCAAAAAUAAAGUUUCUUCUUUAAAAACUAUGCCUAUAGUAUUUUAAUAAUAUCGUUUUAUUAUAUUUUUACAACCUUGAAUAAAUUAUCGAAUAAAUUAAAUUUCCUUCGUAAAUAAAAAAAAAACACUAUUAAAAAAAAUAUAUAAAUACAUCGAAAAAAUAUUCUUCGUUAUUUUUCUGUUUUUUAUUUAGAUCUUUUCAAAUUCAUAAAACCUUAUACGCAAGGUUCUAUAAAAGAAAAAAAAUAGUACACGGAAAUUAUAAUAAUAAUGAUAAUAAAAUAUUUUCAGCAUUUUAUUUUUACAAUAGGAUUUUGUAUUUUUAUUUUAACAGGCCUAACCAGUAUUACAAAAGUUGUUUUAUAAACUUAUAAUUCUACAAUCUAAAUCUGUUUUAUAUAUUCUGUAGUUGUAUUACAAUAUUAUAUGAGCAGAAUUUACAAUCUGUCUUGGAUAACAAAUUUUAAACAUCGGUAUAACUGAUCUUACAUUUUUCUAUUUUAUUAAUAUUGUAAUUUAUAUACAAUUUAAUAAACAUUUACUAGUUUUUUUUAUAAUUGUUUAGACAUAUUAAAUAACAAAGCUUUUUCUACUUAUUAUUUAAGUUGUAUUAUUUGAUGUUUGUAAGCAACAGAAAAUUCGCUUUGGUAUAUCAAGUGUAGCAUAUUUUCUAAAAGAAAAUUUUAUCUAGGUGGUGCAUUUGAAGGUAUUUUUUUGAUUUUCCAAAGGGUUUUCAAAAUAUUUGGGUAAACCGGAAACAAAAUUGUAGGUAAAAUAGUAAAUACUUACGGCGCGCCGUAGUGUUACCGAUAUCAUUGUUUUUGUGAGCUUUCUUUCUAGUAGAAGUAUUGCUUUUAUUAAAAUAUGCCUAGAGAUUUUUAUCGUUGCAUUAUUAAUCUUUUGGUGUAUAAGAAAGUUGGUUUUUAAUGCUCUGUUUUAUUUUUAUUUUAAUAAUUGAACAAAACCGAAAAAAGUAGAGAAAACAAGAAAGUUUAUGCAAAUACUGGUUUUAAUAUUUUCAAUUUCGUUUUUUUUUUUUUUUUGUAUUUCAGUUGAAAAUAUUUGAAAAGACUUAUAAUUUUGACAGAAAACUAUAUUUCCCUUCUCUAAACAUGAUCAAAUUUUCAAAUUAUUUAGGCGAUUUUUGAGUUGUUUUUUGGCAUUUUAUGUUUACAAGUUUUUAUUUGGUAGCUACUAUGUGAAUAUCUGUGGUUAACCUAAGAACAAUUUUUGAAAAUUGAAGGAGGUUCAUUAUAAAUUGUACUUAGUGGUAAAAAAAAAAGUAGACUGUAAUGUAGUAAUUUUUUUUUAUAACUAUUAUAAUUUUAAAGUUUGAGGAAAAUCGUAAAUAUUAAGGCUUUACAAAUCAUAUGUAAACUAAUUUCGCUCAAAAUCAUUUUUCGUUAGCAAUGAUAUAUUGUUAUUUACAGAUAUAAAUUAAAAAAAUAUGUUUUCUACCUUCCCAACUCCCGACCUACAAUAAUUGCGCAUCCAUUAGCAAUUGGCUUGUUUUUUCUUUUGUUUUUUUUUUUUAAUUUUUCGUAUUCAUGGAUUUAUUUUACUUAUAUUAUGAUGGCCAUGUUAAGAAUAAAACAAAACUGUUAAACGUUUCGCGGAUAUGGCUAGUACGAGGAGAAUCAGAAUUACGUGCUUUAGAUACCACACGGUUUUCGAGUCUCCUUUUUUUUUUUUCUGAAACGUUCUUUGGUAUUUUUUCUAUUUUUUGUCACUGGGGAAUCGUAAAAAGGAUUUUCCAUUGCUCUCUGAUUUAUUGUGUAAAGGUUUUCUGUGGUACAAAGCCCUUUCAAUUUAAAAAAGGUCUUCCAUAGGGAUAAAAAAUGGUACGGGGUAGGUACGCUUUAAAGUAUUAAUGGCGUCUAUGAUGCAUUCCUAUGCCACAAACUGAUAAAUUUAUAAAUGUUCAAUAUUGAGAAUCUCGGUAAUGGUGUCUUAUUGUCUUUGUGAAUAUUAUAUCAUUUUAUCACUUACUCUACUGACUAAGUUAGAGUAUAUAGAUUGUGUAUAUUUGUAUGUGGUGCGAUGGAUAAUGUAUUUUUUUGUAUUACUCAAUUUCUCCAUAAUGAUUAUUUUUUUAUGGUUUUUACACUCAGACUAAAUAAAAAAUAGCACUUAAUAACAAUCGUAUGCAAGUUUCGACUAAUUUGUUUCAAUAAGUUCAGUUUAUUUGAAAAUUGUGGUGUGGUAAUAUUUUUAAUCCCUGAUAAACGUAUGUCCAUGUCUUGUGCAAAAUCGGUUCUUUUAUUAUUCUGGUUACGAAAAAAAAUAUACUUACAUAUACUUAACCGUGCUCAUUGGAAAGAGAGGUCCUGCAACAAAGCAAAAAUAUAUAGUAGCUACAAUGAUAACGCUGCAGGGAAAUUUACUAUGGGACGUGACCCGUCGGACGACAACCCGAUUUAUAAACGAUGUGAUGUGUCUUGCCUUGUUCUAAAAUUCGAUUGUUCUUCUAGUCAUGAAUCCGAUAUUUGUCAAGUUGAAAAACGAGACUGUCUUUUCUCCUUUACGCCUUUUUUGCCUAGAUUAACACGGAAAUGGCGUUUCCCUUUGUAAAAGCAAAUACCCGUUCGGUAAAAGCUAGCUGACCCUACUAGAGUACACAUUAUUUAUUACUUGCUACUCGUAUAAUUUAUUUGUAUUUUAUACACAUUGAACUCAUACAAAUAUAUAUUAUAUAUUGUAUAUAUAUAUCUGGUCCAAAUGUAUGAUAAUAUAAUAUGUAUUUAUAGUUUUUAUUUGUCCUUGUGUGUAAUAGUUGGGAACAAAAAUUCUAUUCUAAUUCAAUUAAAUGAAAUGCACUAAUUUAUAAAAGGUAGUCUGCAGUACAAGUAAUUGACCCCAAAACUUUAGGUCCGCUUUAGUGUUAAUAUUUUUUUUCAAACAAAUUGAUAUAGUUUGAAUAAAUGUGAAGGGGACACAGUGAAAUUCACAAUGAAUAUGUUUUUUUUUUUCAUUUUUUCACCGCACUAGGUAGGUACUUCGUCAGAUUUCGCAGAUAAAUCCACUCCUGUUUCUGAAUUUUUCAAAAGACUAAGAGAUUUUUUUUUCUUUAAUGAAAAUCCAAGAGCUCUACUGUACGGUAUCGUUUCAUUAUCCGGAUACAAAAGAAAAGAGCGACUAGGCCACUUGACCGCGCAUAGACCGUGUGCAACGAUAUUACAUUUUAACCGAUUGGUGGAGGCCUUACAAAUAUUACAUAUUAUUAUGUAUUAAUAAGAUUUCUUGUAUUUCUCCAACGAUCACCAAUAGUUUGUUAUCGCAAUGUCUAUGUUGCGAUAUUAUUUUAUCAACCUUUCCUGUUGAUUGCAGUUUUGGCCUUUAUUGUUUAAAUUAGAUUUUACAUUAGAUUUAAUUUUAGAUUUUGAGUGAUUAGAUAUUGAAUGAAGAUAGUUGUAGAAGGAAUUUUUAGAAAUUUACCAAUGCUUCAGAAAACGCUCGCACGAAUUACUGUGUACCAAAACUGGAUAGUUGAAAAUAUUUACCAGUUUUAUUCAGUACGUUUAUUGUUUUAAAAAAAUUUUGAUUUUUGUCUGUGAUUAAUAAAAAUAUAAUAAUAUAGCAAACGACGAACGACGUAUCUAAACUAAAAACAGUACAGCUUUGUUAUUCGGCGAGGGUGUUAUUACAACUUUUAAUGGGGUUCUCGUUCCGACCUUGUUUCUAUCUCUCUCUUUUUUGCUUUAUAUAUAUUAUUAUACACAUAUAUACAUAGACUGGAAUUCAAGUUAAUAUCGGCGACGAGCGGUGGAUAAACCCCGGUCCGAACUUGCAGGGGCCCCUAAAAACUUUUGUGCUGAUGACUGUGUGUUAUAGAAGUCGCCGACGCCGUUUAUUGCUGCCAGACUGAAAAUAUCCACUUAAUUUCAACGAGGUCCCUUCUUUCUCACAGCGUCCUUUCCCAAGAAAAGGUCCCAUUUUUCCGGAAACAGUGCGGAUUUAUGUUUAUUUUUGUUGUUGUUUGUUAAUAGGUACAAUAUGCUACAGAAGUGCUUGGUUUUAGAGUCUUCUGACAUUUUUUUUUCGGUUGAUUCUUUCACAGUUAUAAUAUAUUAUAUAAAAGAAAAAAAAAACAUUAGCGAUUAUAUAAACUUUAUAUUUAAUGGUAAAAUAUUUUAUUUUUUAGCUUGCCCUUUAAUAUCAAAUUCUAUAAAAACUAUUGAUAUGUUUACAUAUAUCUAGGAAAUCACUAUAUUUAUCAUUCAUCUCAAUUUAUGCGUUUCUUUUUGAUGGAUUAAAGAAUAUAUUUUACUUUUCGUAUGGAGUUUUAUUUUAAACUUUUAAAUUAUUCUAUGCGUUUGUUGAUAACAUUAUCAUCACAAACAGUAUAUUUAUUUUUAUGCUUGAUAAAUAGUAUUCUUUUCUACUUUUUUUUUUUUUUUUAUAAAAAAACAUAAUAAUCAUGACGUUUUCAAAGAAGCCCACACAUCUAUUCGUUAUCUUUAUCUAAAUACAUUCAGCAUAGUAAGUUAUUUUUUUAUUUAAAAUAAUUUAAUUUUAUAUUAUUUGUGAACGUAAAAUAUCUUAUUAUCUUAUGAUACACCUUGAGAUAAAAAAGUUAUCCGUAACAUGUUUUAACUUCUUAUUAAUUUUAAAUGUUUAUUUUUCGAAAAUGUUUGAAUUUAAGACUGUUGUUUCGUUUAAUUGUUAAAUUCAAUUUAAUAAAAUACUCACUAGAAAAAAAUUUCUAAUUAUAGAAAAACAAAACAACUAAGUUUAAAUAUUGGAAUGAUGUGUAUAAAAAAAUUUACAAAACAUGCGUUAAAAAAACGUUUGGAUCUAAUUCCUUUAAUUUUUUUUUUUAGAUUCUGAGUGAAGCAAGGAAUUAAUUUUUUCAUUUUUAUUAUUCAGUUUGAAUAAGUAGCAAAAAAAAUAGUUUAACCGUUAUAUUUUAUUGAAGACUUGAUGCAUAUGAUGUUUAAGGGCAUUGCAAUAUUUGAAAAGUCAACAAAAAACAAAAAAUAAAUAUUUACAUUUACUGAUUUAUCUAAAUACCAAUACAACAAUUGUAGAUAGUUGUUUUGUAAUAUAAUAUUUUUUUCUUUUUUAUGUACAUAAGUAGAAUAAUUCAAUUUAAUUUUAGAAAAACUGUUUUGUUUAUUUUUUUUUAUAUACAACAAUAUCCUUUUGAACGAAAAAACGGAAAAUAUAAUUAUUUUACAUUUUAUUAAUAUACAGUUUUUUUAAAUUUUAGUUUUAAAAAAAUGUUGGUUAAUUUUUGAUAUUGCGUUAUAUAAAUGCUUUAAAAGACUUGUAAAUGUAUUGUAUGUAAAUAUUAACUUUUCAAUAUUGUUUGAUAUUAAUUAUUUUGAAAUAUAUUGUGGUUUAUAAAUAAUAAUGUAUGGUUAUAGUUUAAGUGCAGAAAUCAACAACUCCCAUAGCGAAUAUUAUAAUUAAACGUAUUAUUUGUAAUAGAUAACCAAAAUCACGAUAAUAAUAUUUUAUAGACCGUAUUACGCGAUAUUUUUAUUUUAAUUAUAGAAAACAUCACGUAUAAUAUUAUAUUGUUUAAUUUAAACAACAUAAUUUUUUUAAUUUAAACAAUAUAACGAGUUUAAAGUUUUUCUUAUAAUAGUAUUGCGUGUACAAAAAAAAAAGAUUCUUUGAUAAGAUAUUAUUAUUGUAUUUGUUGUAUAAUACUAAAGUGAUUAAUUUUGUCCCUUUCCCGAAUGUUGAGGUGUUUUUAAAUUAAAAUUGUUAGGUUUCUUUAAUUAAGGAGGCUAUAUAGUACCUAUCUACCGACCGAACCGAUUAAUAAUUGAAAAACCAAGCAAACAAGUUUUUAAAAGUGUUAAAGUUAAAAAUUAACUUAAUCGGUUUGUGUAAAUAAAAAAAAAAAAGUAAUCACAAAAUUAUGUAAAAGUUGAUAUAAAAUUAAUCAAAUUUGUUUAUUACAUCAUCUUGAUAACUUAUACGUAUAACUAUAUAAAUAUAUAUAGUUUUUUAUUCCGCAUUAGUCUAAUUACUUUUACUUAGAAUUGUGUAUCAGACUUUUAAUAAAUUAACUUUAUCAUCUUUGCUGUAUACUACUAAGAAUUACUUUUAUAUAUUUUUAAUCACAAAAGUUUUUAUGUGUGUCACAUCUUAAUAGUAACAAUUCUAGUAAUUCUAAGUUUUUUUUCUUUAAUGUAGAAUAAUACUGCAUUAAUUUACUAAUUUCAAUACUUCAGGUAAUUAUCGGAAUAAUCUAGUUUUUUUAGAUUCUUAAAGGAGUGAAGAAUGUAUUGGUUUUACAAUAUUUAUUAUUUUUAUCUGUGAACAAUUUUUCUACUAAAAAUGUUGUUCCGAUUUUCAUGUGUAACAUUUUCUGAAAAGAAAUCUGACUGGAAUAGUACUUUAAUGACAUCGUUUUUUGAUUUUCCCAGUAGUUUUCUUAAUAAAUGGGAAAAAACGAAGGAUAAACGGACAUAUGAACGAAAUGUAUUAUUUUAAAAUCGUAAAUAUUACGACCUUUUAAAAUAUGUUUUACCUAACUCCCCUCAGAAUCGUUUUCCGUUAGUAUUAAUCGUUGCGUACUGAUAUAAAUUAAAUUUCUCUACUUUCUCAAUCUCUCACUUACAACAGUGCCUCACCCGUCAUGCAAAGUAUGUCCGUUGGUUUUUUUUUUUAUUUGGAUACAAGAUAAUUUUCAAUAAUUUCUUGAAAGAGAAAGGAAAUUGUGAUUUUUGAGAAUUUGUUUAACAUAAUUAAUUAUUAUCAAAAUAUAUAAUAUAUCAAAAGUAAGUAACUCAAAUUGGCCUGGGGGUAGUAUUAUCGUAAUAAUUUAUACUACAUUAUUUUAUGUUCAUAAUCGAAAAAUGAUUUAUAGAAAUCGAGCGGAAAAUUUUAAUUUAAUCGCUUAAUUUACAUACCUAUUAUAAAAAUUUAAAUUUUUAAAUUUUUAGCAAUAUUUUGCAGUUUAUUUUAAUCUAAUCAAUUAAUCAUCUAUAUAUUUUCUCAUGUAACGUAUAAACGUAUAUGUGGUGUGUCCUAGUUUUCAUUAACUUUGUAAAUAGAUUACCUAUCUAUAAAGUUAAUUGGUACGUGAGAGUUUUUGAGCGUGUUUACUUAGGUACUGUUCUAAACAAGUUUCGUAACACGUAUCGUAAAAAAUAUUAGUAUAUUUAUAUGUAAUAUAUAUAUAUCAUAUAUGUUAUCAGACCCGUAGCUAGGGCUUGGCGAAUCUGUCCAAGCCAGAGAAGCAAUAAGCUAGAAUAAAAUAUUUUACAUAUACCACUAUUUUUUUUUUUAUUUACAAUAAUUAUAUUACUAUUGCUUCGCUAUAAUAUGUAGUGUAUUGUGCACACAUGCCGUAAAAUGGGGAGACCCAGAGUAGAUUUUAACAUUUUCCUUAAUAUACUUUGAGCAUAUAUUUGAUAAUGUAUUUAAAAUAAUAUAUCAUGAUCUUUACCUAUGUCUAAAUCAUAUAACAGUAAAAUAAUUAUUAAGUUCAUUAAUGUUCGUUGGUACUUAUUUUUGAACCUUGAACUUUGUCCGGAUUCACCUGCAAAAUUCGGUUACUUCGAAAAUUCGUUAGUUUCCACAGAAAAUUGAUUGUAUACUACUACAGUUGUAUUAGAUUUUUGAUUUUUAACUGGAAAUAAAUAAUUUAAUAUGAAAUCAGAUGACCUCAAUGGAUUUAAUUUGUAUAAUUUAAUAAAUAAUUUUAAAUUAGCUUUUCCUUUAGAGCUCCUAAAAUGUAUUCAUAAGUAUUAUUUAAAAGACAUUUAAAUGAUGAUCUUAAUAUUUAAAUUGUACUCGGGAUAUUUUUAAUUAUACCGGUAAAAACUGCAACUUAUGAAACAAGUUUUAGUAAACUCAAAAUUAUUAUGGACUAUCUAAGGUCUACAAUGUCAUAAGAAAAAUUGACACAUAUGGUUAUUUUAUUUAUUAGACCUGAAUUGGCUACAAUAAUCAACUUUGAAGAUGUUGUAGAUGAUUUUUCAACAAAAAAGCACGAUAAGUAAAAUUUUGAAAAUGUACAAAAGUAUAUUUUUUUUCUUUCAAAUUAUUAUAUAAGGUUAUAUAAGUUUAGUACUGUUUUAUUUUCUUAUUAAAUAUCAUAAUAAUAAUUAUUAUUACUAAUUUAAACAAUAAAAACAUCUUUUAUAUGUGUGCAUGUAUAGAUGAAAGAGAGGUUAUUUUUUUUUUUUACUAGGACGGAAAUAUAUUAAAUGGCCAAGAGUGCUAAUGAACCCUUUGAACUUUUGCUACAACUCUGUAUGUUAUAGAUUUGAAGAGAGACAUUUUGGGUUCAGUAGUCGUGUACUGUAUUUUAUUAUAGUAAAAUAUAGUUACACAUAUUUAUUUCAAAAUAUUUGACUUGACACCUUUUUAAAAUCCUUUCUGACUAUUCCUAUAUAUUGAAAUUCAUGUACGUAAAAAGAAUUUAGUUUUUUCCCACAUUUUUUUUUGAAAAAUAUUUAUUAAUCGUUGGGUAAUAUAUGUAGGACAGUAAGUACCAUAUUUAUAUUUAUAAAACAAGCUUAACGUAAACGGCGUUCACUUCCAAGUACGCUAUUUAUUUUUUUUUUGCACAUAAGUACAACGUAAAUAAAAAUAAAACGAGAUCAACGAUAAAAGUUGUUAGCCAUGGAGCGGGUGGGUGGUACGGGUUGCGUAUUAGAAAACAUAACCGCAGGGGCGGCCAUUUUUACCGGAAAAUAAUCAUUUGAGCUGUUGAACUUUUCCUCUUCGUUCUCGCGUUUGCCCUGGUUUUGGCACAUGAAAAAUCGACAUCUUGGCGGGACAUUAUAAACGGAAAUUUUUCACCUAGACGUCAGAGCUAUAUAGGUCUGGGUCGAAAGUCAUUUUUUCCCGUUCAACGACAACGGUGGUGUGGCGCAUAUACCGGUGCCUACAUAUCUGUGUCCACAACUAUUUCUGCUGUAGCCCAUACGAAUAAUAAUAAUAAUCGUAACCCUCUUAUCUUUUACUCUUUCUGUGCGAUAAUAACCGGAUAUAAACCCUUGAAAUGACCUUUUCCGGUUACUAACAGAUAGCGGUGUGCUAUACUCUGUGACUGCACUGCAUGAUAACACUGUAAAUAUAUUUUAUUUUAUAAGUGACUGUAAGUCUAUAUGAAGUAUUGACAGACUGAUAGACGUACUUACCUUUAAGAUUAUUGGUACUUCUGCGUUGUGAGAUAUUUACAAAGGUAUAAUUACGUACUUACGCAGUUGUAUGAUGAACGCUUAUUUGAGAGAUAAUUAUAAAGAUUUGGGGUGGGUGCUUAGAUUAUAAUUGAAUGGGGAUUUGAUACAAUGAUUGAAUGAUUAUUUAUAUUAUAAUAAUAUUGAUAAUUAAUAACAACAACAAUAAUAAUAAUUGAUUUUCCAUCAUGACAUAUUAAAAAAGUACGUUUAUGUGAGUCGUUUAUUAUUAUUAAGACUACUGCGCAGUCAGAAAUCGUUGAACACCGUAUAGUGAAACAGUUCAUGUACACCUGUAUUACGCAGUUGAAUUCUAUUAUAUUAGACGUCUAUAAAUUCCUUUUAUUUUACGUACCUAUGUGCAAUAAAUAUUAUAAAUGUAUAUUUGAUAUUUCACGCAAGGCAGUUCCCUACUGGAUUAGCAGACUACAAUAUUACAUAGGCAUACAUGAUAUUUUACGCCGUAUUAUUUUUCUGCCGUUUAUAAUUUAUAUACUAGUGUACGUAAUAUAAUAUAUAUAUUAUAUACAUAUAAUUUUUAUACAAAUUUGUAUGUAUUUUUUUCAUAUUCUAACCGUUGUGUCAUAAAUCUAUUCUCAGCGCUUUAGGCUGUAUGUAUUCAUAUAUCUCUCGCAUUGGAUUCCCGUGAAACCUAAAUAUGCGUACUGCACUUGUAAAUAUAAUAUAUAAUACCAAAAUCGAAAAUAUUCCAGUCGAAAAAUAUUUUUCCUGAAAAUUAUCGAUUAAAGAAUAUUUUCAUUUUGAACAAACAAUAUUAUUAUUCAUGUGUUAUUUGUUUACUUCUCGAUCUAGGCAAAUCUGCAACAAAUCGAAGAGCAUUUCAAAAUUUUUGUAAAACUUUUCUUGUGAGGUAGUAUAGAAGAUUUUCGGAGUAAUAACAAUAUAUUUUGGCUAAGUCAACAUUUGGCACUUACGCGAGCAGUGUUAGACAAAUAAAUUACAUUUUGACACGGUCGCAUUAUCUAUUUUUCAGGGUGUUAGGGAUAAUAUGUGAGUGGUGCUUUAUUAUUAUAUUUUUAUAUCCUUUGUGACAGUUACACUUUUGUUUUCAACCAAGUGACAAAUUUGUUUUAGUAUGUAAGUGCGUCACUGAGUAGAGUUUGUCCAUACUUUUAAACAUGUUCGGUUUUAAUUUUACGUUUGGACUUAAUUUUAAAGAAUAAUUUCUUAAGAAAAAUAAUUUUAAAGGAAAUAAUUUUCGCAUAUUCGCAUUUCUUUAAAAAAUGCAUGAUUUUAUUGUGUUUUAAAAGAAUAAUUUUUUUGCUCAAAUAUUGAUUUUGAAUUUUGUAGUUUUUAUUGGAUCACUUUUUGUGAAUGACUCAUUCGAUAAAAAGUAUACCAAGUGAAAAGUAAUAAAUUAACGCAGGAAAUAUUUUAUUGCAUCUAAAUAAAGUGUACAAUUAAUUUUUUGACGUUCUCCGUGAUUUGUUAGUUGAAUGUUAUAUUAUAAUUAAUAAUUACCUUAAAAUUAAUGUUAUUUAAGUAAUCUUUGAUUAAUUAUUAUUGAAAUAUGUUUUGUUUUGUACUCGAGUUUUUUUAUUUGUAUGUACUUUUAACGAUUUAAUCUUGAAUCUGGUUAUCUCUAGAAAAAAUGUUUGUAAAUUUAUUCAUAGCAUGUAUACUUACUCUAUUGGGAUGUUAGGAAAAUUGGAUUCGGUUUGUAACCGAACGAAACAGUAUAUUAUACAGUUGUGACACAUAAUACGUUUUUGUCGAUUUAUUUCGCAUUUCACGUCGUGCGUAUAAUAUAAAAGAUCCAAUAAUAAUUUAUAUAUUAUAUUCAUACAGUUUAUUAUUUUUUUUUUUUGAACUUAGACGAAACGCCCUUUAUCCCCUCGUAAAUCAUAUAACCCAAAAAAUAAAAACAAUGGAUUUAAUAUGGUUGGACCGGCUAAUAAAUCGCUUUCGUUAUACUUGUUUUAUCGUCUCGACUUGAAUCUAUAUAUAUAUAUAUGGCGUGGUGGGUCCGGGAAAUCUCUAUUUUUAACGGAGUUUGACAGUUAUUGGAGUCUUUCUCGAGUGAUGGUACAGAGAGGAUACUGUGAAAAAAUAAAUAACGCCCGGAAAAUGAGUUGAGCAUUCGAGUGUUCGUUGCAGCAGCGGGAUUGGAAAUCUCCGUCCAGUUCGUUUAAUAUCAAUAUGUGUGUGAGCGCGGGUGGAAAAAAGGGGGCGGGCGAACGUCUCUUCGUGCCUAUAUACCCGUCUAUAACCUCCGUUCUAGGGGAACAUUUAACAUUCACCCUCGGUCCAUGACGGUUAUUUUUAAUGACUUUUUCAUUUAUUUUAUUUUAUUUUUUACAGAACGGCGAACGUGGUUAUUUGGAAGGCUUAGCGUCCCGAUACGCGGAUCUGUACAACACCCAUUAUCGGGAUAUUCUGGAGUAUCUGGAUGAACUUAGGGCUACCGAAUGGGCCGAAUUGUCUCCUCGAAUCCGGUUGUUAGCGCCCUCGUCGCCAUCCCGUUCGCCGUGCAACCUGGCUGGAAAUCCGUAUUCACAUCAUCUAUACGCGCCCGGCAAAUACUCUGUGAGUAGAUCUAUUUUUUAUUUUAUUUUAUACUAUACGGUAUAAUACCUAAUCGUUGAUUUGACUUAAAAAAAAAAAAAAACACAAUAUUAUAUUUUAAAACAAGGUGUACCAUUUCUCUGGUAAUAAUAUGUAUUAAUUAUCAUGAAUUAAAGCAAUAAUAAUAACAAUAAAUAUGAAUUUUACAAAACAUAUAUAACACGGACUUACAGUUAAACAAUAUACAAUAUUCAUAGUGGUAAAAUAAAUAACAUUUAAUCUUUAAUGAUUAUAGUAUUCAUGUUUAUUCUUCACUCGAGUUAUUUUCAAAAUUGUAUAAAGACGCUAGAAGGAAUUUUCUUUACGAUGCGUAAUAUGAUAUAAUGUAAAUUAUUCUCGAUUAUUAUUAAUAAUACUCGAUAGUAUAAUAAUAUUUGUUAUAAUAGUACGUAAAAUAUUAAGAUUAUCAUAAUUACUAGGAAAAAACGUGUCCGCUGACUAAAAGGAGAAAGUAAAACAUCUUAGUAAAACCAAUAGCUCCCUAUCUACGCUCAGAAUCUAAAAGAAAGCUGAUACUUGGGACGGGUGCAGCAACUGUUGAAGGUGGGAAGUUAAGAAGUUAAAGUACAUAAAGUUAUUUAAUUUAUAUCUGUACCUAUGCAAAGAUAAACCAUUGCUAACGAAAACGAUUCAGAGCAAAGUUCGGUAAGACAUAUUUUGAAAUGCCGUCAUUUUUACGAUUUCUGUUCGAAUUUGAUCUUACAACGUUCAUGAUAAAAAAUAUGUAUUAAACUCAAAUUUAGUUUUUAGGCCUUUAAGUUCAACUUAUAAUGUUCCUUGUGUUAUAUUUUCAAUCAUUUUUCUUAAGUCAUAUAAUUUUAAUAACAGAUACUUACCAAAUAAAAAUACAUAUUAUAUUAACACAAAAAUAUCAAAUACUUAUAAAUAGCCUAAAAAUAGCUAGAAUAUUUUGAACAUUUUACCACGUAUACAGAAGGCUAAUAUAAGUAUUUUGUGAAAACUUCAGAUCUCUACAAUAAUUUUUAAUCAAAAAACCCAAAUGCCGUACACUGCCAUAUUUCUUAUGAUUUUUCCCGUUUUUUCGUAACUAUUGAGAAUACUAUAUGGAAAAUCAAACAACGGCUUUUUUUACUCACAAACUUGACAACAUUUUCUUGAAAUUCGGACAAAGAUUUUUGGUAAGAAUAUAUAAUUUUAAAAAUGAUUGUGUUAUAUUACUGAACACCCAAGUACCACCUAUUUUUUUUUUGUCAAUCACAUAAUUUAAAUGUACUGCUUCCGCCGCCAUUUAUGUAGAUUAUAUUGUGACCAAAUUAACAGUUUGUAUGUUUAAUUCUGCAGUCUAUAAUUCUAUUUAUUAUAAUUUAAAAUAUAGGUACCUUUAUUUUAUCGAACUAUUGCAUCAUUGAAAAACUCGAUCAAAUUAUCGUUUUAAAUUGUAUAAUGUAUAGAUUUGAAAAUCAAACGAAAAACGACCCUUAUAUAUUAUGUAAUAUGUAGAGUGUAGACGUAUCGGUAACUCGGAACCGUUUCAAUCAGUCGUUCUAGGCUCUUUUGAGUAUAGUAGUUGUUGUUAAGUGAGUGGGACCCUUAGGGAUUAGAGGGAUGUUCAAAGGAUUCGGUAAAACGUCGGUGCACGUAAGGAGCAGUAGGAUGGGAAUGGUGAGGAGAGGGUACGAAAAGAUGAGGGUGGCUUCGUCCAUUCUAUUCAGUGUUGAUUGGGAAACUUUUGUCUGUUCCGGCAACGGCGGCGGCAUUACGUGCGUACGUGUUACGAAAAUCUAUGUGAUGAUGGUUAUUAUUAUUAUUAUUAUUAUUAUUAUUACGGUGGAGUUUCUGUACUUAUUUUUAUUUUAUUUAUUUAUUUUUCUUGUUUUACACAGCCGUCUAGCUGUCUGAGCGACCGAGAAGAAGACGAAAUUUACGGUCUAACAACGGCUGAACGACGAUUUCCACCGGCUCCCGCCGCUGUACGACCUCCCGUACAUCUAACCUCGGCCAUUAGACAACAUGCCGUACAACAGCCGUGAGUACAUACUUGACUUUACAUUCCUAUAUAAUACUGCAACUAUUAUUAUUAUUUGAUCGUUUUGCACAUACCUACCCAGCUAUUCAAAAUAUAUUAACGUGUAUUUCGAUGUAUACCGCAUUAUUAAACAACACAUUGACGUUUACUACACUACCCAGGCUACAACGGUUUCGCUCCUUAAACACAUGUAAAUUUAAACAGUCUCUCGUGUGUUUUAGGUUCGUUUUUAUUAUUACCAUCAUUAUUAAUUAGAUAUAUUCGCAUCAUGAUCAUAUAUCUAUUGAUAAUGAUUAUUGUUUAGUUUUAAAUAUGAAUGGAUUGAGUAGUGAGAUAGAUUUCAAAACUGGGUUUCAUUUUCCUUACCUUUUGCCCAAUAGUUUUUAUAUGAAAACGUUGCCUUUUCAUAAACGCAUUAUAAAACAUAAAUGGUUUAUUUUAUAUGUAUACGUCAGUUAUCAAUUUAAUAUAUACCUAAAAAAUUGUGAGCAAUAUAAUAAACUUGCCAAGACAAAACACAAAUUAAUUUUAAGAUUUUAAUUCCGAGUUCACCAAAAGUAUAGUGUUGUAUUGAAUAAAAUAUUUAUCAUCGCUUUUAAACUUAGAAUACUCUUAUAAUAAUACGGGCUCAUUGUACCACUAUACUUCCUUCCGGUGUCAUUGUAAUAAGUUAAAUGUACAUUAUAAUGAGUCAACGAGUAAAAUAUUCGAAAAACCUACUUAUGUCAAUACUGUCCCAACAAAUUAUUUAGAAAAAAAAUAAAUAAUUUUUUGAAGUUGGUAAAUUUGGUAUUUGGAAGAAUAAUACUAUAUUAUUUAGGGUGAUCAAAAAGUGUAAAAUACUCAUUAUCUCGGAAAGUAUUAACUUUUUUCUGGAGGUUUUGUUUACAAAAUUUUUCAAGAAAUAAGCAGAAAAAUAAAAUGUUACAUUACUCGCUCCGCUCAGAAUCUAAAAUAUGGUAAAAGUAUAUUGUUGGUGAAUUCCGGUUACGGGCACUUCACGCUUAACUCACUUCGUUCACCUCAACGAUGGAUAUUUUUGUAUUCUUAAUUAUUAUUUUGAAUUUUAACGCUAUAUAAUACUCAAAAGAUGAAUCUAUGUGGAGUAUAGAAUUAACAUUUUCAUACUUGCCCGCUUGCAUUUAUUUUUCACAGUCUUUUUUUUCAGUUUUUCGCAAUUUCCAAGGUGACCUUUUUAAAGUACCUUCUAUGUUCAAUUUUUCAUUUCUUAUAUAGUUAUAAUAAGGCUGUAUUAUACCCAUAACAAUUGGUUCAUAUUAUUUAUUAUUUAUAACUCCAAAAAAUAUUUUCCUAGAGGUAUUAUAGAAAUUGGUAUUAAUUUCGCUUUGUUUACAUUGGCAAAGCAGAAUUUUAUUUUACUUUUAUGUUUUUUACUACAAUAAAAAAAAAUAAGGUGAUGCAAUUGUAAAUUUAUAGUUUUUCGAAUGUUUUUUAUUUCUUUAUUUUAGUGCGCCGAAAAUUUAAUAAUCAACUACAAAAUAUCGAAAUAGAGGACUGACUCUCUAUAAAUAUAAUAACAAUUAACUUUAUAUUUUUAAAAAAAAAAAAAUUAUUUUAAACUAAAUAACUAUAACUCUUCUCAUAGAAUUUAAAAUCUAGUUUUAUUAUUUUAAAUUACUAAAUGUAAUCGAUUAUUUUAUAAAUUACAGAUAUUUUAGUUGAUUUUUUUAUACAUUUAAAUUAAUUGCAUUGUGAUAUUUUUCCACAAGUGUUUAUUACACAUCUGUUUUCGACUUUAUCAUUUACAUUUCAAUUAUUUAGUAUGCGUUAAAUCAUAAAUAAUGCACGAUUUUGUUAUUGAAUUGGUAAAACUAUAGAAUAUGACUAAUUAAAACGUAUUAUUUGUAAAAUGCCAAUUACAAUAUUUAACAUAUUGACGACUAAAAACAUUGCUAAUAAAAACAGACGAAAUAAUUUAAACAUUUUCGAUAUAGGUAGUAGAUAUUUCUACCGUAAUAUAAAAAAAUUAAAUAAUAACCUUUAGAACCUUCAUAAUUAUUCAAUUCUAUAUCUAUGUAAAUUAUUUUCGAAAUACAUUUCGCAACUGAAUUUAAAUACUUUUUAGAAACGUUUCUUAUGAUAAAAACUGUUGAUAAAAGUAUUUGCACGUUGGUGUUUAAUCAUUUUUAUACACUUCAAUUUAAUGUAGCUUCUGCAGACUAUUCUGAGAAGUUUUCCCUCUUCGGUCUUUCCUAUUGUCAACGACUUAAACAAAAUAAGUAGAGUAACUAUUCAUAAAAUAUGUAACGAUUUUACAUAAUAUAUGCAAAAUAUACGUUUGUCUAGUAAAUUUUGCUCUACCAGGCGUAAUAAACAGAUUUUAGAACAUUUUGAUUCAACGUUGCGUCCACGUAGUUACCAAUAUUAUAGUGCUUUUGAUACGGGAUUUACAUAAUGAGCAGAGUCAUGGAGGACGAGGAGAAGGUAUAGACAUAGAGGGGGUCGUUACAGUACAUAUAGAGGGGGUUUGUGCCAACGCUGGUAUACAAACACGAAUUAUAUGGUUGAUUUAUUGGGGGAAGGCCGCGGGAACAUGUGGCGGGAAACCUUCGGAUUACCUGGCGAUAAUCAAAGUCCGAGCUUCAUUACUGCUGUGCCCCUCCCCCUUAUUUUGUUACAGUUAAGCCUUUCAGACACGUUCGGCAAACAACCGCACGGAAAACGUCAAAAUAUAAACGGUUUAAGCGUGGCUCUUAGUCGAGGUUUUAGGGACACGCGGUGCAUGGUAAGGGUAUACCGUCGCAAAUCAUUGUAUUUGCAGCAAUGUGAUAAAAACUAAAUAUUAAAAACAAUAUUUUACAUCAAAAUUUAAACGCAUUUUUCCACUCGGCCGCAAUGAUAUAUGGUCGUCCUGAACGUUUCUCCAGCCCGGGGUCAUGUCGGUCAUGGAAUUAACGAACCGUUUGUUACCAUAUAUGAGUUCAGUGUGAAACUGUACAGCUUGUUGCAAAUGCUGUUGUGCGGAAUGAUAUAUUCGGGAAACUGAUGCACAGUGAUGAAGCUGACCCAUGCACCAUUUUGUGGCUAAUUUUGAUGUUUUUGCGGAAUAAUUUUUCGAAAUUUAUAACCAUUUAUAUAACCUUAUUUUAUACUUUGUAUAAAUAAAACCUUAGCGCUAUGAAUAUUAUUUCAUUUUCCACUAUAGGACGUCGAGUAAUUUCGGCUUGCAUAAUAAUAUGAACGUUAUUUUUAAUCUGUAUAUAUGUUUAUUAUUGGAUUUUUUUUCUUCUGUUACUUUAGAUGACUCAUAAAUAUGUAUUAAAAGUCGUGGCACUUCAAAAUUGAUUUAAUUUUAAUCUGUUUGUAGUUUAUUUGCUUAUCAAAAUAUAUUCAUUUAUUUUUCAUCCAUUGACAAAACUAUGUUAUUUAAACUUCAUAAUAAUUUAUAAAUCCUUGGAAAUCAUUGUGCUGUUUUAAUCAAUCGAUUUAUUUUCAAUUUAAUUAAAUUAAUAAUAUUUCCAUUAAAUUUUAAUCCAUAAAUAUCAUUAACGAGUUAAAAUGUUUUAUAUAGUAUACAACGUUUUAGUAAAAUCUGCAAAUUGAAAGCUAUUGGUAUAUUACUAUAAAAGAUUAUAACAAUUAUUAUUUUUUUUUUUUUUUUUUGCCAAUAGCUACAAAUAGUUUAUCUAUAAAUAAUUUUAAAAAUUAUAAUAACAUUUCAAGUUAAAAUAGCUUAAGCACAAAUAUUUUUAUAAUGUAUGCGUAGAUCUUUGAUUCCAGGGAAGGUUAUAAAACAACAACUACAUUGUGCUCAAUUUUUUUUUUUGACCACCAAGUACAACUUUUGAACUCAGCCAUUCGGUAGUACUUUAGCACUACAAGGAAAUAUUUUAGAUCGAGCUGGUUCAUAUAAGUCAUUUUUUGAUUUACCUUCCAUUUUUCAUAAUAAUUGAGAAAAAACGUACGAGGGCUAAUCAAAAAGUAUCAAGACUGGUAGUAUCAUUCGGAAAAGGAUCAUCGAAGAGCAGUAGGAUUGGUAUCACUUGCUUCUAUGACUUUUUCUGAGUACAUUUGUUUUUAUUGCUUCUCUAUAAAAUUCUUCGGUUUGAUUUCACUGAUAUUUUUUUAAAAUAUAUUUUUCGAGUUUGGCGAUUUUGUAAUAAACCCAAAAGAAGAGUAACUUGACAGAUUUGGAGAUUUUAGAAAAUUUGUCUGCAUUUUUUUCCAGUUUCAGAGGGAUGCAACAUUUCAUGGUUUUUGCCAUUAAAUGUCAAUUGAAAAACUGAAAAUGUGCCCUCGAGUGGCAGCGAGUUCCGCUUCUUUUGGAUUCAUUACGAAAUCGCCAAACGUGAAAAACAAAUUUUAGAAAAAUAUCGUCAAAUCAAAACGAAGAAGUUUAUAGAGAUUUUAUACGAAUAGAUGUGCUCAGUAUAAGUCAUAGAAGCUAGAUUUACAAAUCGUUUUGCUCUUUAACACUCGGUUUCCGAGUAAUAUUAUCAGUCUCGAUACUUUUUGAUUAGUCCUCGUAUAGGAAAAACCGACAAAUUUAUUGCAAUUCAUUAUUUUCAAUUUUGUUUUGCUAUCAGAAAUCUUCCUCUAAAUUUUAAAUGCAUCAUCUUUUAUGAAAUAAAAUUGUUUUGUUGAUACAAGAUGCUUAAAAGUUUUAUACGAGAUUCAUCAAAAGUUAUACUUGGUAGUCAAAAAAAGUUGAGCACAAUGCAGUUGUCGUUUUAUAAUUUUUUUAAGUUAAAAUUGUGAAGAAAAUCGUAGAUAUCACUACAUUUCAAAACAUGUUUAAGUGAACUUUGUUCAGAAUGAUACUUCUAUAUAUAUAUUGUAACUUAGUAACUUAUCUAGUUUUAUUUUUUAGAUUUAGACCAUAUCGCAUAAAUGUUUGUAGUUUCAAAAAUAGUGUUUGUUGUGUAUACGUGGAUUAGUUAAAGUACAAGUGCAUGUGUUUUCAAAAUUUAAUUUGUUUGUGUUAAAAACUAUUCAAAUUUGAUUGUCCUCUUCUUCCUCGGAAUCAAAGAUUUCAUAAUUUUAAAUUUCUAUUUAAUGAAACAUAUUUUCACACACCUAAAUAUUUUAAAAAAUUGAAAAUUGAAACAAAUAUUUACAAAAAAAAAAAAAUAUAAAUAUAAUUUUAAAUUAAACUCCAUUUGUUAAAAAUCUAAAAAAAAAAAAAAAAAGUAAUAUAAAAACAACAAUACUUUAUUUACUUGGAACCUAUUUAUGGUUGAAAUGGUUGAAUUUUAAUUGGAAAAAAGGUUCGAUUUAUAUUCAAACCAUCCGUAACAAGGAUUAAAAGAGUGUGACGUUUAAAUUACAGGCCACUAUUAAGUAUUAAUCUGUAAAGUUACAAUAAAAUAAUUGUUCAUGGACAUUCUUAACGCUAAAAGACUUAAAACUGUUGUAUAAAACAAUUGCAAUAUUUAUAUUAUAACGAAGUGAUACUUUUGAAAAAAUAAGUUGCUGCUAGCUAAUGGAAUUUGCAUUUAAUAUUUUUAUGCAAAUUAUUGUGUUUAUACAAUAUAUUUUAUGGGAAACGGAUUUUUUCUUUUUAAAGAAGAAAAAUCCCCGAAUAGAAAAGUUUUAAUCCUUAUUUUAAUAUAAACUAUAACAAAUAUAUAAAAUUAUAUUAAACUAUAUUCAACAGCAAUAUUAUUAAGCCGUAUUAAAUUCUGAUUGAAUAUAAAAUAAACAAAAAUGUGGUAAAAAUAUUAAUACUGUUGCUAAGAAUUGAUAAUUUUAAGUUUUAAAUAUAAUUCGAGUGAUACUUAGAUUACUUCUUAGACAGUAAUGAAAUUAUUAUUCUGUAAAUAUAUAAGUUUGAUUUAUAUAAUUUAAAAUAGGAAAAUGUAAUGAUUUAUUUAGUUUGUUGUUUAGAUUCGUUAUUGCAUUAACGACUGCACUCAACUAUAUUUUUAAAUCAUCUGCAAGUUAGGAUUAUAGUUUGUAUAAAUUAAAGAAAAAAGUAAUUGCAUUAUUAAAAUAUGAUUCUAUAAAAAAAAAAUAACUUUUCUUUUUGUGUAUAUCUAUCAUCCUUAUCGCAAGAAUCGGUGGCAUGCAAUUAUAAAUAUUAUACGAGAUUGUUGGACGUUCCUCUAGAAAAGCUACUUAUAAUUCGGCAAUUUGGAUACAUUUUGGGAGGGGAUUCUCGAAGAGGGUGCCAAAAAAGUCAGAUAAAUAAAACACAAUUCCAUAAAAAUGUUAAAUAUGUCCAAUUAUAUAUUAUAGGUACCUAUAUAGUUUGAAAAAUGAUAUUAAAAAAGGAAGAAAAAACCAUUGUUAUUUAUUACCUACCAUGGGGUUCGAAUAUUAUUACGAUACCGUUAGAAUAUAGCUUAUUAAUGCAAUUAUUAUAGGGUGCCAAUGAUAUAUAGGGUGAGAAAAUGCAGUAAAUAAAAUGUCAAACAAAUGAACGUUGCCGCGCCGCGCAAAUAUAUUUCACAUUAAAAAUGAACAUUUGCUACAAAGAUGGUUUGCUACCGACGAAACCCAUAUAUGGGAAAUAAUGAUAAGCUUUACACUUUAGUGAACGCCGACAAUCGAAACCCUUAAUUGGUCGAUUCUAUACUAUGCCGUUUAAAUUACGUAUAGGUGGAAAUAUCAGAGAGUCAAUGGAAUUUUCUGUUGGGCAAUUUAAAUAAAUACGAGUGUACUAAACGACGGUUUUAUUAUAUUUUUUUUUUUUGCAUACGUUUUAUGAUAUAUUAUGAAUAUAAUAUUUUGUUAUCCGUGUGCUAACUAUAUACAUAUAAACGAUAAUCGUCGUCUUAUUCUUAUAUUAUAAAUUCACAAUUCGUGCAUUGAUUUUGUAUGUUUGUUUUUAAACGCUCGAUUGGAUUUUGAUAAUAUGUUCUUAAUCGGAAGUAAGAAUAUCGUCGUAUAUCAUAAACUCGUUAGACAUAUUUAAUUUUCAUAUGUAGAUACGUUAUUAUUUGCGAUAAGUUGAAUCAUAAUAUCUAAUAUUUCAUUCCGCUUCAACUAUAUUAUUUCUAUAUGGAAUUAUACUAUUAUGAUGUGUAUAAGCGAUAAAGUUUGCAAACUUUUUUUUAGUCUGUUUUCUUUAUGCUAUUCUCUCCGUCCGUUGUUGUGUUUGUUCAACGGCCAACAAAAGACAUCAUGAUACAAAUAAUAGUAUAUAGCAUAAUAUGUUUAUCAGCAGCACGAGAACAGUAAUGUUUUGUUCAAUGAUCCGUGGAGUUAUCAUGUUACGUUCGAAAUAAUUUUUAUUUGUCGUCUACGGAAAUCAUACUUUAAAUUAUUUAUCCGUAUAAUAUAGAUAUAGUCAGUUUUUAUCCCCUACCUAAAACUCCUGACGUUUUAUCGCAAUUCUGCAUGUAUACAGGUCAAAGGAUAAUUCGGUCGAAACGCGCCAAUAAUUUUCGAUAAUUGAAAAACAAAAAAAAUACCGUACUUCAAUUAAAUAAUGUUAUUAAUAUUACCGUUUUCAAAUUUAUUUGUAUACACUAAAUUUAUACACUUAUAUUACUUCAAACUAUUAGCCUCUUUAUACCAUGCAUUAAGUACUUAAAAUAAUGUUAAUAAUUAUUAUUAAUAUAUUUCACAAUACCUUACCAAAAAUAUUAUAUAUGUAUUAUGUAUGAUUUUAAAUGUAUUCUAAUUCAUGUACACUUAUAAUCUUGUCAUUCAUUUUAUAAAAUAAAAUUUUCAUUUUACUGUAUUUCGUGCCCAAGUAAUAAUAAUAAUAAUUCAUACUGUAUCGUUGAUAUACAAUCCUAUAAAGUACGAGUAUUGUGGAGAAAAAAACAAUUAAAGUUAUUAAAACUUUAAUAAUCCAUUAGAACCCGUUAAUUUAAAUUUUCAAUAUUAUGAUAUGUCUGUUAUGUUAUUCUACUACGUUAAUCACAUUUGAAAUACAUUAUAUUUUAGUAUAACAUGAUGUUGUGAAUAUUUAACAAUUAUAUGGUUUUAAUAAUUGUUAUAAAAUAAUAGUAUAAAUAAAAUAAAUACACGUUUGUUUUAAAGACUCUUAUCUCAUAUAUUUACAUGUUAACUGUUGCACAUUGUUGGAUUUGUUUAAGGGUAUUGAUAACUGUGUAUACUUUAGUUAAUCUAGACCUAAAAGUCAAAAAAAAAUUUUGAUAUUGUAUUUGGUAGAUUUAAAUUUUAAAUUUUUGAAAUUUUAAUUCUUUAACUUCUUCAUUAGGAUGUAUUGGAAACAUUAACUUAAUUUUACUGACAACAGAGCUAGAUAUGUCAUGAGCGUGGCGAGAAAUGUAUUGAUUCAUAUUAUGCUAUAAUGUGUGUUUUUUCUGUUUUUAACAUAUUUUCAAUGUUUUAUUGUCACGUACAGAUACAUAUUUAAUUAAAAUAUGUAAAUAUGUACAUUUACAUAUACCCCUUCCCAACUUCUCUCCUGUAUAAUAGUGAUCUACUCGUGAGCAGUAUUUUGUAACAAAACACUCACAAUGAACUUGCUUUAUUUACAAAUUAAUAAAUUAAUAAUAAAACACAUUUUAUUUUGAAGACAAUUGGAGGAAAUUCUUUUUAUACAUUUUCUUUAAUAUCAUUAUUGUUACUUUUAUUACAUUAACAAAAUAUGUUUCUUGAGUUAUUAAUCGACAACAACUGAUACUUUUAACUUUAUAGUAAGAAAAACAAACAAUUUUGACCAGAAAAUCGGAUGCAGUUAUUUCUUAAUUUUAUUUCUGUUUUUCUAGUCUAUCGCAUUAAAUUAAUUUUCUUUAAACAUCUUUUUUGAAGCCUUUCUUUGAAGUCUGAAACUAACCGGAAAAUAUUUAUUCAUCCCAUCCCUCUAUGUUUCCAUAUUAUUUUAAUAUUUUCACUUUCUUCUACAAUGUAUACAUGUUUAGUAUAUUAAACCAUCUACCUCUCAAGGAAGCCUAAAAUCUAUGUCCCUAUUGAUCUUAUUCUCCGAAAAAAGACUUCCACCCUUUGUUUUUCUUUUAUGAUCAAUUUAACAACUCAAGUAAACUAAUCUUCCUUCAAGUUUCCAACAAUUACUUUUCCUUCCCUCCGUAAACGCAUCUUUACCAAUUUUACUUAUUCUAUAUUCAUAUAUUUUAAAAAAACAUUUUAUACACCUACCUAUUUUUAGUUAAAUAGUUAUAUUGUAACUAAUAUUUAACAGUUUUAAAAUUAAAAUUAUGUAUAAUUUAUAAUUUAUUAAAAUGAAUUACCAUCAUUUUCGUUAAAUCUGUGACGUCUUAUUAUCACCGACGAUUUUUCCUACCCAUUUCUAAUUUUUUUCUCCUACCUCAAUAUCUCAUUUUCCAAAAAUUACCUUCGUAUUCACCCUUAUGGUCUCAUUUACUGUUGAACAUUAUGAUGUUAUUUAUGCCCCACAAUUCAUCUCCUUGCUCUCCAUUAAUAAUCUCGGUUUUUUUUUUUACUCACUUCAUCUUCAUAAAAAAAAAAUUUAAUUUCAACUUGCAUAUCUUUGUUUUAUUCUUACAGUGAAAUCCUUGGCUCACGAAAUAUCCCUUUCAACAUUAAUUUUGAGUUUCUCUAAUAUUUUAAACUAAACAACAGGUUUUUUUAUAUUCUCUAUCUAUCAUGAUUAAUGUUUUUAUUUUCUAUACACAUUCAUCUUAAUACAUGUAAUACAUGCAUUUAUUUACAUUGACCGAAUAAUCUCAUAUUCCAUUUUGUUUUCACAAAUUAUCACUUAAUUCCUCUUUGAAACGCCGAUCCUAAAAGAAUCCAUUUGCGGCUUUAUUUUUUUUUAUCUUCUAGAAACCGAGAAAAGAGUUUAAACGUAAAAUCUUAUUUUCAUUAUUACUCUCUAUUUUGCAGUUCAGUUUUUCUUCGCUAUUAAUUUCUUCACGGUCAAAUUAGAAAAAAUGCCUUCCAAAACUUUCUGUGUCAUUCAUAUUUAAAGAUACUAUAUGAUCAUUUUUACGAAAAUUAACACUUAUUGUAAAAAUUACUCACAUACAUGGGUUAAAAUUUAAAACCACAUAAUAAAUAAAUAUUUACCCAUUCCAAUAUUUUGUUGUUUUUAAAUAUAAUUUAUACAAGUGGUAGGAGAAUUUAUUUUGAAAAUUUGAGUUUUUAGUUUGAAGUAGGUAUAUGAAAAUUGUGCUUUGAAUUCAUUUCCAUGUAUGUACUUACUCUUAAAGUUAAUUGGAAUUUUUAACUAAUAUGACUGAUUAUUUUUUCUAUUUUUUAAUUACAUACAUUAGAACCAUAACUUUCUAUAAUUACAAUCAUAUAUUCGUACUAUAUUAUAGUAUUAUUAUACUGAAUCCGUACAUGCAGAUACAAAUUUUUAAAUUAAUAUUUUAUGAAAUAAUGAAUAUUGUUAGUUGUUCAUUUAUGCGUGGUGAUUAUCUUUUACUCUAGUUUAAUGAUAUUUUAAUUGUGUGUACGUGUAUAUUUUUAAAUAUUGAAGUCAUAUAUACUUUGGUACUAUUUUAUUUACUAUUAUAUUAGGUAUUUCUAUUUGAAACUUAGAAAUAACAAUAAAGAUUGAUAUAAAGGUAUGGUAAGUAUCAAGUACAUUUAGGAAAUGACCCGCGAAAUAGGAUCAUUUUAUUAGUUCCGCGCGUAUACUGCAAUCGUAGAAGCAAAAUGAAAUGAAAAACUCGGCACAAUACAAGGACAAAAAAUCGAAAAGUUUCGAGUUAAAAAUAGUGUUUGUAAUAAAAAAAAGUAAUUAUGUAUUGUUGGGUUAACUUUACAGAAUUACGAUUUUUAAAGAGUAAUAUUUAAUAUAUGCAUUAUGCCUUUCGCCGUUUCUUGGAUUGUGAUGUGUACAAAUGCUACAUUUUUAAAAAAAUAACCCAGUUCAAAUCACAUUUCGGAUGCUUUAAUAAAUAUGGAUAGUUACUGUAAUUAUAUUAUUUAUCGGGCGAAAAAAUGUUUCGUAGAUAAGAACGAUCUUUUGGCUUUUACACGUGUAAGUGUACCAGUUAGGUGAAAUCUUCACAGUAUAAAUAACUAGUGUCCUCAGUUUGAACGCGUGUUCAGGGUAUGUUUAUUUUUGAAAAAAGAAAGGAUUUUCGAUAUUUAACCGCAUAAUUGUCACACAUUUCAAUAACUAAAGCUCUCGUCUAGCCAACUCUUGUUGAUGGUAGUAGAUAAUUGUGCAAGCUUAUUGACAAAUUCGAUCGAUUCCCCAACUUAAUUUUUACUACCUACUAAUAAAUAUUUUUCUCUUCUUCUUUUUCGUUCUUUCUAGCCUUUUUGUCGUCUUAUUCGAAUGUUAUGAACUAUGCUACCGUAUAGUAAUAACGCUCUUUAGGGUUUUAUAAUAUUUGAAGGGACUGCGACAAAAACGAUCAUUGUAAAUUAAUCGUCAAAAUAAAGAUAUUUACAUUGUCUUGUGGUUUGUUCCUGGACGAUUUGAUGCAUAAAUUGAGCGGAAUUAAUAAAAAAAAAGGAUCAUGAUCCAGGAUACGGCGUACAGUUUUAUAGUAAAAAAAAAAAAAAAAAGAGAAAAGUCAUAAGUAUCAAUACUAAUUUAAAAUAACGACUAUACAUAUACAUAUAGGUCGAUUUUUUCCUUCAAGGAAAAGUUUUCCAAGGUUUUAAAUCCAAGUCGUAAAUAAUUAUUCUUGUAUCUUUUCGAUGAUAACUCUGUAAUACGCUAAAUAUAAUAUUAUAUAAACGAAAAUCGAAAUGUUUAUUAAUAUAUGCAUAUGGUUUCGGUGUAGAUAUAAUAUUAUCGUCUGCACAACCAUCACGGACUGUUGCAAGAUUGAUCAGUUAACAAAAGUCAAUACAUGCAUAUAUAUAUAUAUAUAUAUCAAUAUAAAAUAUAUUUAGCGGCUUUUAUUAUCCACGAUAAUAACGUUAUAUGGUAGAUAAGGUAUAAAUGUAUGGUAAUAAUAAUAAUAAUAAUAAUAUGAUACGAUAGGGGACGUGGUGGCGCACGCGUCGUGUUUGUAGAGCACUCGCUCGGUCGGCGGAAAGGUGAUGUACAUAUUGUACCGCGGCGGGUCGCGUCUAGUGGUGUCUGCUCGCGUAUAUAAACCGGCGGCAAAUCGCUAAAGAAUAUAUGUAUAUAUAUAUAUAUAUAUAUACGUAUAUUCUUAUAUUGUGUAUUGUACGAUUUAGCGCUCAGUCAGCUAUCUGUAUUAUUACUAUCUUCGAUGUAUAGUAUUGGCGCCGAACAGUCAAUAUUUACGCUCGUUUCGCGAUUGCGGCCGCGGCGGUUUUGCCCUUCGAUGCCGCGGCGCGUUUGCACACUCGCCCGCCGUCGUCGCUCAGGUUAAUUUAGACGCGUACCCACGAUGACGCACCAACCGGACGGAGCGGGAGGGUAAAUAAUAUCCAAUUUGUACGUUUAAAAACCUCCCGAAAUUCCAGUCUAAAUACCCAGCUGCGCGUACCUAUCACUUAUAUUAUUGUUAUUAUUAUUAUUAUUUUUAUUAUUGUUCGAAAUAUAUGUAGUUUAUCAUGCGAAUAGAACACGUCUCCCACGGGAAGAUAAAAAAAAAAUCGCAAUUAUAUAAUGUACAAUGUGUGUAUACCAUAUUAUAAUAUAAUGUUAUAUCAGCGUUGCCGUUACUGCACGACAAAUGACAGCUGGACAGCAUAUUUAAAUGAAAUAGGUGAAUCUGGAGACUUAUCAAAAAUAAAAUCCAAGAAAGGACGCACUAUGAGACGUGAGGAUGAGCUGCACCCUAAACUAAUUGAAAGUAAGAUAAAGGCAGAGAACGUCCCCGAACAACGUUCAUAAAAAGAGUAAUUUCUGAUGUCGGGCUAAUGCAGCUGAACGUAUAAACCUGAAAAUACUGGACAGUAACAGCGAAUGAAGGGAAUUCGGAAGAAGAUUGUCUAAUCAAGAUUACGGCUGAAAACCGAAGAAGUAGCCAUCAGUAUUAUAGAACAUGAAGAAAAACCGACCCGCCGGGUCGAAUAAUUACACAAAAUAGAUGUGUGUUUAAGGAGUCGACAAUUAUCGGCGUAUCAACAAUUUUCCCAAAUUUUAGUAUUAUUAAUUUUACAUUCUGAACAGUGUAGAUAAGAAACUUUCAGUUAUUUUACUGAGAUGUCUUUUUUUUCUAGGAUAACAUUAAUUCGGUUAGUGAAAAUGCUUUUGAAUUUUGGUCUUGCGUUGUACUCGUAGGUAAAUGUGGAUCUUUGAAUUGAUAGUAUUUAUUUUAUUUUUUAAAAUAUCUAAAUUAACCAACUGCAGUAUUGUUGAUGCAUUUCAUUGCAGUCAGUGGCGUACCCGAUAUUUUUUAAUAUUUUACAAAAUACAAAAUUAUGUAAUACAAUUAUUUGUAUUUAGUUGAAUAAAUAUAAUACAAAUGUGCAAUGAUAAUUAUUUUAUAAAUAAUUAUUAUUACUAAUUAUUAAUAAUUAUAUUACUGUCCACUGACUGUAGACCACUGCAGAUUGCAAUGAUUACAAUGGUCGAACUUCCCAUCUCUAACAGUGAAGACGACCUACCUACCUACCAACAUUACCAGCGACACGAAGUAUAUUAAUUUUUAAAAUUUCGAUAAAAACUAAUUUCGCACCUGCAGCUGCCGCAGAGACGAUUGGUGUUCACGGACCACUCUACGCGAAUCUAAUUUGCAUUCCUCGGGUGACGGCGACGCAAUGAUUGCUAUUUAUUUUCGCGCCACCGCUCGCGUUGCCUUCCGGGUUAUAUUAUUAUUAUUAUUAUUAUUAUAUAGAAACGGUCACGGUACUCUGGAAUCAGUAGGGAGUGGUAGUCAACGAACCGCGCGCGCGAAAACCGCUACCGUAAAAUCCCGAGUCGCUGCGCAGCUCAGUCUCGAUCGAUGGCAUACGGAUGAAAUUUCAAUAUGCGUAUACUAAUAUCAUAUUAUUACCUAUUAUUAUUGUUGUUUCCGCCCCAUAUGUGCGUCGCAGCGAGUUCACUAUCUCUCGCCACUUAUUGUACCGAUACGAAUGUGUAUCAGCUUACCGUACGAAUGUAUAAUACGACUGUGUAGGCCGGUAUAAUAUCAUCGUUUAAUAUUAUACGAUGCCGUCGUAUUAUCUAUAUCGAAGUUUAAUAAAAUUUACGUGCCACAGUACCGCGUAUAUCAUUAUAUUAUGCGUCUGUAUUAUUGGUUUAUAGUCACGAUACAUAUUAUUUUUUCAUUCCUAAAAAAAAAUAACGCGUGAAUCCGAUUUAAACGCAUACGCAUUUAUAUAUAUAUAUAUUAUUUUAAGUUGACUUGGCGUUCGCGUAUCUGCAUUAUUUCUAUUUUCCCUGCCCUGACACGCGUGCAAAUUAAAAUAAAAUACCAUUGUCGUAAAAUUGUAUUUCCGCUCUAUACUGCACCACAACCGUUCGUUAAAGUGUCGUGUGUUUCUCCAAUUAAUUUCCCUGACAUAAAACCUUAUUACUAUCUAGUCGAAAGGUUGUGGGUGGGAAAAAACAUUGCAAAAUAUUUAUAUACAUUAUACAUAUAUAUUUUUUUUUGAAAUGCAUUUUUUUUUUACGCGUAAAUAAUUUAGAGGGGCGUUUAACGGCCACAGAUGUAUAAAUCGUACACGCAAUAAUUUCUCGCCUCCCCCACCCCUCAAAAAAAAACAUUUAUUUACAGUUUAUAAAACCAGAAAUUUGAUAAGUAAUCGGAAAUAUCACUCAGCUCUGUCCCCCCCCCAAAAAAAAAAAACUUCGUUAUAUUAUACGACUUGGAGUAUUGAUUAAUUUAUUUAUCGAUAUGCUUUCAUGAAAUCGAUACCUAUACUUAAUUAUUUCCCUUCCUUUUCUGUUUAUUGUCUUACAAUAUGUUUUGUUUGUGUAGAUAAUAUAAAACAUUUAAAAAGAAAGAUAAAACAUACUAUUGCAAAUUUAAUAAAAACAAAAUUUAAUCGCCGCAAAAUUUUCUUUGACUGCAAGUGAAAAAAUACGAUUAAUUAUUUUAUUAUUAGUCGUGUUGUUUUUCCGAAUCGUUUUUCGAUGGCAAUGAUUUAGCGUUACAUUCAGUAUAAAACUGAAUUAUCCUGUAUAUCUCAGCUACCCUACAACUUACUAGGGCUUCCCGAUGAACAGUAUCAAUUUUUUUUUUUUAUAUAUAUACAGAUUAUAAUUUUACUGUUUCAUUUCUGCCGUAAAUAACACCUUAUUCUAUUAUUCUAUUAUAUUCUAUUGAAUUAAUAUCAUACUGUUUAAAAUAAAUGACGGCCCAUUAAGAAUAUUAUUUAACAAAAAGUAAUUUAACUUAACAAAACAGUUAAAACAAAGAAAGUCUAGAGUAGAGUUAUAGAAAAAAAGUGCGAAUUAAGAAGAGUUUUAUGAAGGUUGGUAUAGUGAACUGAUUCAGGUUUCGGAGGGAACUUUGACAGAAUCCCAUGAAAGUAUUUCAGGUGUAUAUAAUUAGUUUUAAAAGAAAAUUGUCUUCAUUGUUAAUUGCGUUUUCUAAAUAAAAGAAAAACUAAUAAUAUUUGUCAUACAUUAUUUGUGUAAACGAUGAUACUAUUAUUAUACAAAUAUAUAAUAUAUUAGAUGUGGUUAAACAAAAAUUUCAUUGUUACCUACCUACUGAAUAUAUAAUUUUAAAAAAAGUGUACAUUUCAUAUUAAAUCCUCGUACAAUAUUAGUAUUUCGUGUCACCUUUAGUAUCAUAGUGUUAAUCAGCUAAUAGCUGUAGUUAAUAUCAGAUUUCAAUGUAAAUCUUUUUGAAGAUUUAAUAAAACGGUCAUGGGCUAUUUACGUUAAAGAUUUGUUUGUAAACUGACGGUAUUUAUAGCGCUAGUUAUGCACUUUAACACGUAGUCCAUAAGCGGAUUAAAUCAAAAUCCUUCGCACUUAUUGUUUAUCUCAUCCCACUAUACUAGUUAUGACUACUAUGACUAGCUUAAAAAAAAAACAUCCAACGUGUUUAACCUUAAUAAAUAGCUACACAACAUAAUUAUUAUUAUCUCGACAUAUUUUUUUAAACCGUUAUAAUUUGUUUGAGAAACGGUUUGUUCAGUUUUUUCUCAACGGUGUAUAAUUUUAUAAUAUUGGAAAAAAAAAUGUUACAAACCGUCUAUUCGGAUAAUAUAUAAUAUUCUAUAGAAGACGGCGUAUUAUAUAUGCAAUUUUGGUGCAUUAUCUCUGGAACAAGCGUGAGUGUAUAAAACAUACAAAAAGUUUAAAAGGGAUUUUCAGUAUAUUUGUUGUAUUUACAUAAAAAGCGUAUUCGUUCAAUAAUAAUAAUAGCAUUAAUACAACGUUUGCGCCUUUUUAUAAAAUAUUAAUAUAUUAUUAUUUUUUAUUUGUUUUCACGUAAACGAUAUUUUGGUCUAAGGAUUAAGUCCAGAAUAAGAAAUGGCGGGUCUCUAUAAAACGGGACACACAUUUUACAUUAUCGUAAUCGAAUUGUUGCAGUCCUCCCUGAACACAUUAUGUACGAUUAUCGGAAUUGCUAUAAACUAAAUGAUGAUACUGCUGGUUAUGCGUGACUUUCGUUUAUUCCAUAUAAUAUUUUGGAGUAUUUUUUUUCAAACUUAACGAUUGGUACAUUGUGAUAUCGUAAAAAUCGAUUACACCAGGUUUUUUAAUCAUAUAUUAUACUCAAUCGUUUCGUCGUUUGUAGGUAUAACUUACUUAAUACUUGCAGUAAUAGAUACUUACAAAAAUUAAUAUUUUGAUUUUGAUUGUAGUAUAGCGAUAAAUCAAAUAGUUUCACUAAAUGCAUUUUUUUAGAUUCUGAACGGAGCGAGAGAUCUUAGUUCUAUGACGUGUUUAUUAUUAUUUUGUUUUUUUAUGUUUAUGAACAACUUUUCUUUCAGACGCUUGCUCCAAUCGAAAUGACAAUAGUCUUUUUAGAUUCUAAGUGGAGUAAAGAAGCUUAUGGUUUUAUAAUGAUGUUUAUUUUUUUUUAUUUUAUUUUUCUGUAACUUUUCUACCAUAAAUCUUGCUCCGGUUUUUAAGCAUAGCAUCUUUUCUGAAAGGAAAUCAGACUGGGAUGGUACUUCAGAGAAAAAUGUUCGUAAUAAAUGGAAAACGAGAAAAUAGGCAUAAUAUUAAACAAAUAUUAUUAAAGAUAAUAUAUAAUACCUAUGUAAUUAUUUUACUAUAAUAUGACAUAUAUAUUGUUGACAGAGUAACACUAUUAACUGAACUCCGCUUAGAAUCGUUUAUUUUCAUUAGCAAUGGUUUAUCGUGGUACACUCGUCCUUAAUAUCAAUGAUCAAAUUUUAUCACGCUGUAUUUAAAAAGUUGCCGAAUUUCUGCCUAGUGAAACUUUACUUAAAACUUUUUGAAACUCUAUAGUUUGAUUUUUUUUUUUUAUUGUUAUUAUUAUAAAAUACCUUUUCUGUUACCGAAAAUUAUUUAAAUGGUUUAAAUCGUAUACCUUAAAAUAUGAGAAUUUUCAUAUAUUUACGUGUACAUUAUUUCAAUAAAUAUUUCUAAAUUCCUAAAAGUUGUUCUGAACCAUUAUAAAAACUGAAAACAAAUGACGAUACAUUGUAGGUUUUAUUUGUAUUGGUUUCUAUGUUACUGUGGCCACAAGGGAAGAAAAGACGACUAAUAUACUAAAUAACCUUACCAGUUUGCCAAACUUUGCUCUGAAUCGUCUUUUGAUUUCAUUGAUUGUUCGUUGUUUUCAUUAGACAAUAGACAUAUAAACAUUAUAAACUAAAUUACCCUACAUCCAAUACCUUCUAAACGUAUCGCGUACAACUACUAGUACUACUGUCUCCAGUUGUACAAAAUAAGAUGUCUGGCUUUUAUUUUAGCUAUGAAUAUAACUUGAUUAAAACAUUAUUAUUAUUAUGAAGAGUAUUAUAUGUAUAUUUAUUCAUUGAAUAUAAAGUGGAAUGUCACAUAAAUUACAAAGAGGGUAGAGAAAAAUCUCAAUUUAAUAUUAUUUUCAGUAUUUUUCGGUGACUCAUAUAAUAUUAGCCACGUACUUUUUUUGAGUAUAUAUUUUAUUUUAUGUAUUUUUAUAGUUACCAUUAUUCAACAUUUUAUUUAUUAAAUAUAGUUUGUCAGGUAUAUUUUAAUACUCUGUGUUGAAUAAAAUAUACAGUAUAUUGUAUAUGGUAUAUUUUUGGUUUUCAUAUUAUUUUAUUAUAAUAACAGCGGUGCGAAUUAAAUGUAAAUUUUUAUAUGAUUUUUGUAAGAAAACAUUAUCAAUUCAACUAUCGUUGGCCAUAAAGCUGUUGAAAAAAAAUGUAUUAUUAUUAUAAAAUAUAGUCUGUGCAAUGUUCAUAUUAUUAUGUUCAUUAUGUUAUAAAUUAAAUAUUUGUCUGAUAAUAUUGUUAUUUGUUCCCGAUUUCAUAAUAUUUGGUAAUCGCCACAAACUGAUACCGAACACGCAAAUAAUCACGGAAUUUAUUUGAACUAAUUUUUAAUCAUAGAUUAUAACUAGAUAUCCGACUGUAUAAUAAACUGGCUAUCAUAUAACAAGACAACAAAUUGUAUUGAUUGUGUUUAUGCUAUGAAUUAUAAUAUGAUGAUCUAGAAAUCAAGGUGUAGAUUUAAAAAAUGAAUUUCAAAUAUUUUUCAUACCAUCGCAUUUUUACAUUAUCACAUAAUUUAUCAACCUAAACAAAUAUUUUACAUGUUAAUCAAUAGAAUUUGCCCUCUCUAUUUAUGACGCUGCUAGGUUUUUCAUUUACUCAGAGUCGGCUAUCUAUUUGUACUAAAAAUACCGUUCCACAGUGUUCAAUGGAUUUUAUAAUUUUCAGUUAUUCAAUUUUUAAACAAAUUUUUUUACAAUAUGCUUUUCUUUAAAGGGACCUAUUUAGAAAAAAAUGAAUUUGUUAACUAUAUUUUUUAUUUGCAUUCGUUAAUUUCUAAAAAAACAAAAUAACUUUAUUUAUUCACACAAAAUGUGUAUAACAAUUUUAAUGUAUCUUAUAUUCAUAUCUGAUCAAUAGUUUCUUAGUAACAGCCAUUUUAAUUUUUAGAGAAAAAAUUUGUAAAACAAGACUACUACGUAACACGAUAGGAAAUAACUUGAUUUAUUGUGUCAUAAAUAAAAAUGGUUGUCACUCAAAAAUUAUUGAUCGGAUACGAAUGUGUAAUUUUUUAGAAUUAUAUUUUUUUACAAAAUGGCUAUUUUUUAACAAAUUUAAAAUGAAUAAAUAAAGCUUUCUUUUGCGAAUAUAUGGGGUGAAAAAAGAAAUUUUAUUUUUUUUUUAAUAAAUGUCUCACUCAAAGAAAAGAAGGUUAAAAAAAAUUGAAUAUUAACAGCUCCAGAAUAAUCUUUCAAACACAGUUGGAUACCUGUAUAUAUAUUAUGGUUGUGAUUGAUUACAAUACAUUAUAAAUUAUAUUGUAUUACACAAACCAUAAAAAAAAAUGUUGCUGAUGUUUUUGCAUGAGUUUACUAGAAUAGAGCUCACGCGUUUAUAAUAUAUUGGAAAAUCUAAAUUUUGUAGUAUUAUCGUUCAUGAUAUAGGAAUGGUUACAGACGCUGCAGCGCCACAGCCGAAUACAAUGUUUCCAUUGGUUAUCAUAUUCUUAUCACAACCCAAUCGCGCUACUCAUAUUAUUCCAUAACUUUUUUAUCAUAAUCAGAAUUUGAUUUAUUUACUUAUAAAUUACAAUUGGAUAUUUAUAUGUUAGAUUUUUACUUUUUACAAUACUAAUUUAUAUAUUUUUAUUUGAGAAUAGCGGUAUAUCUAAUGCUUAUUAAUUAUUUAGAAUACUUAAGAAAAUUCUAAAUCCCGAUUUUUAAUUUUUUCACGUAGGUACCAAUAAUAAAUACAGCUAUCUAAAAGUUAAGCAUAGUUAAUUUGAGUACUUUUAUUUAUUUCUCUGGUGUUGGUUUUAUAUUACUGGUCACAUUAUGCUGCAUAUUUAUGCUUCGAUUGUGGCAAAAAUGUAAUAUAGAUAUGCGGAUGGUAGAUCGUAAUUAUAUUGUGAUAAAAUAAAAAAAUAAUCUCCAAUAAUAACGUCAUAUUAUUUAAUAAUUAUUAAACGGUAUUCGAACAUGAAAUUAGCCGGUAUUAUAUUUUAAUCGGGUGACCGUUAUGCGUCCACUCUCUCUCGGCGUAGGACCGACGCCGCCGCCGUCCGCCUGCCCGCCCGCCAGUCGAGUUGUCGGGGACUCCGCGGCUUUACCAUAAUAAUAAUAUACGAAAAUAGAACUCGAAAUUGAAAUAAUAAAUGAAUGGUUUUUGCAUGCGAUUGUGCAGCUCCGCCAUAGCUCUUUGCCGGUACCCACGCAUUGUCAGCGGGGCGGCACAAGAACCGCCACCGGACAUACAUUUCAACUCCCGUGUUCAUUUAUUAUUAUAUUGUUAAAGCGCGCGCUCGUUUCGCGUCCGGCAAACGACGCCGAAUUUACGACUGUCGACUAUUAUUAUACGAUUAUUGUUAUAUGUAUUAUUUACCGGCGCGCAUUGAUGUGAAAUUCGGUUCUUUUUAUGUUCGAAAAGCGUAUGAAAUAAUAAUAAUAAUAAUAAUAAUGUCUCUCUUUCCCCCUCCCACGUCCGUCCCACCACAUCCCUGUGUGUGCGAUGAAAAUAUAAUUUAACCCGACAAAUACCCGUCUAUAAAUAUAAUAUUAUAAAUAACCCGUCUGAAAUAAUCGCACUAUACGCCCCCGCUCAGGGUCUCUCGUAUAGGUACAUUAUUAAGAACGGCGGGAACGAUGGGACUUGGUAGAAUGCAUGCGGGAUAAUUAAACGUUUUUGAAAACCAGUGAAUUCGUCUCGUCUCGUAUUUUGUGUUAUUAUUAUUAAUUAUACGUUUUUCUUUUUUUUUUUUAUAUAUUACCAAUAUAAGAGUGAAACGUAUUAUUAUAUACUGUCGGAGACGGACGGGUCAAAUAUUUUUUUUAUUAAAAAAAUUUAAUAUAUUUGAUAAAUUCUAAUCAAGUUUAAUAUAUCAAAAACAACACAGUUCUGCGGAAUAAUCUAUACCUGAAAAAUCGGUUACGCGCAGUAUGAACUAAAAAAAAUUAAUUUAAUCAAGGGUCGAAUAAAACCUGUUUUAACGAACGCCCGUUACAAAAAUAAAAUAUCUUAAAACUUAAAAUAUGAUCAAUUCUGUUAAUUUUUUUUUUCCGCAAUCUAAGCAGGUGGUUAGAAUUUUAAUAUGUUAUUCUUAUACAUAAUAUAAUUUAAUUUAAAUGGCUUUUAAGUACUAUUUUUUUUUUUAUAUAAUUCAUUUUUUUUUUCCAAGGGUUGGCAAUAUUCGAUGAGGUAGCAUGCUGGAAUUAAUGCGUUCUCUCGUUGGUGUUGAAUAAAUUUACGUUUACGCGCUAAGGGUGUUGACCGGAUGGACGUCGUCGUGCGGUUUUCUUGCUAAACGACAACGGUAGCGCUGUGGUAUGUGACCCAAAGUAUGCGGUUGGUCGGAAUUUACAAUAGGAAUAUUGCCCAAAUCACUGCUGUUGCUUCUACCAGCAGUGUUUCACUGCAGCUAGGGAAAGGAGGGAGACGAUAAAGGAUUAAGAGUACGUGAUACCCGCAUGUGCUGUCCUCGUCUUAUGAACAUACGACAUACCAAAUUUUCGUUGAGCAGAAACAACUUUGUGCUUGCUGUUAGUUUUAGUAUUCGAGUGAAUUAACCUACUAUCAAACGUAAAUCUUAAAACAUUAUUUGUAUAACUACGGUUGUUUUUAUCCAGUAUUUAAAUUAACUUGAUAAAAGCGUUUUUAAAUAAUUGUGAGUUUUUACAUACUUAAACAUAUCGAUAAUAGGUAUUUAAAAAAAAAAAAACCGAUAAGUUUGACGAUGGUUCAAUUUUUUCUAAUAUUAAAAUUAACUUUACAUAUAGUUAUCCCUGUUUAAUGCAAAUUUGCUAUGUCGUAAGUUCAUAAGACAAUGAAAACAUAUAGGAAUAUCACGUCUUUUUAAAAAUGUCCGCCUGCCCAAUCAGUUUAUUGUCAGAUUCAUAAUUUUUUAACACUGCGGUACGAGUAUAUUAUUUAAUGCUUUUAAAUAUUUUCUAUUAUAACUUCACUUUUACAAUUUUCCGGCAUAAUUUAAAGAAAGAAAAAAUUCUCUUCAUUUGGGUGCAUCAAUCGAAUGAAUCUGAUGAGUAAAGUUUUCAAUGAACUCGGAAUUAUCUUGUUAUAGAAUUUUGGAACAACCAUAUAUAUAUAUAUAAAUCCUAUAUAAUCAAUAUAAUUUUAUAAUAAAUAAUAAUCAGAUAUGCUACUGUAUAUAAUUUUAUACAAUAAUUGGAUAAAUAAAUUAAAACAUUUUUAAUUGCUCCUAAAUAAUUUCGUCAAGUUAUUUGGUACUUACUACCUCCAAGGUUUUCAAUUCUAUAAAAAUAAUUGUCGACUUUUAAUUUUGUUACGUACAUAACAUUUAACUAAAAAUAACGGUGAAUAUAAUACACACAGAUAUCGAAUAUCGAAUGUUACACUGUGUAUUUUAUGAGCGUUUAAUUAAGUUCAAAAACUUUAUAGACCGGCUGACAUUCGGAGUACGGUUAUUGCUGCAGUAAUAAAUGUCGCGAAAUAAUUUUCCCGCCUUUCCGUCGUCACGCUUUCUAUAAAUGCUCAUAAAUAAUAAACCGCCGUUGCCGUCGGUUCAAUAUUCAUAUCCAUAGAACAAUACCUGUAAUAAUAAUAUGUUGUUGUAUUGCAGUUGUAUAGACGUUUUCAUUUGCAGAAAACAUUUGUCCUUUAGAAAAUAUCGAAAUUAAAAAUAAAGGUUGCUAUAAAAGAAAAAAAAAUUUAAAAAAAAAUCGUUGACAUAAAAAAUAUGACGUAUACUAUAAAUAUGAUUUAUUCAAAAAUUGUUUUUAACUAUAUGACUAAGUAUAAUUAAUAAUAACAUAUAAUAUAUAUUUUUUUUAACUCGAAGAUAAAUUAUUGUAUCAAAAGAUUUAAAAGACUUUGUGAUUUGGUUCAAAACAAUCGUAAGGACCUAACAUCUUUCUAGAUGUGGUAAAAUUUUCUAAACAUAUUGGCGAUUUUUGAGUUUUUUAUAGGCAUUUGAUAUUUUUGAGUUAUUUUAGUUUGUAUUUGGUUUUAUGUGGAUAAAAUUAUUUCGACUUAUCAAGAAAUUUUUGAAAAUUGUACACGAAGUUCAUCGUAAAUUGUACUUAGUGGCCAAACGAAAAAUAAGUUCAGUGUCAUAUGUACUUUUUUUAUAAACGUGUUUUAAAUUAAAAUUCCGACGAAGUCGUAUAAAUUAUGGCCAUUUAAAACAUGUUUAACCGAACUUCGCUCAUAAUCGAAUUUUGUCAGUUGCACACAGAUAUCAAUUAAAUGGCACUAUAUAUCUUACCUUCCCAACUUUCGUCUAUAACAGUGGCAUACACAUCAAGAUUAUUUGGUCUUUUUUUUAUACAUUUAUUUUACAGGCGUGUAUUUUAUUUUGUAUACGUCGUCGUUAUAAAAAUAUCUUUGUCUGAUCAUGUGUCCGGGGGGUAAAAUAUAUGACGAGUACGUGCCUUUAAUCUGUUUAAUUAUUUACAGUCUACAAAUCUCGUUUUGUUAUUUAAUUAUAUUGUUAUUUUACACGGUGCAGCGGGACAUCAAACAUAUUUUGUUUAUGCGGUAGGAAUUCUGCACAGCCAUAAUAUUAUAAUUCUACUGGCUAUAUGUAUACCUAUACACUAAGUUUCGAUUACCUAUACAUAAUAAAUAUUAUGAGAUCAUAAUGAUCGCGCGUAUAAUUUAUUGCUCGUCAUAAAUCGUUUCAGUUUUUAUUUUAUGUAUUUCUUUUUUUUCUUUUGAACGGCGGGGGUGGCGGAGGCAUUACAACUUUUAUAUUCGCUGCCCCCCCUUUCCCCCGAGGAAUUUUAUCUCUCGUAUUAUCUUUCGAAACAUUCGCUUAGUCUCAAAGUUAAAUUUGAUGUUCGCCGCAAACAUCAAGCAACCACCGUUCCGUGGGGUGAUUUUCAGUAUAUAUUUAUAUAUGUAUACAUUUUUUUUCUUAUAAUAUUCUUAGUUUCUUACCGUUUUUAGAUUAUAAUAUUAUAAACGGUAUUGUUCGCAUUUACGAAAUACGUCAUUAAAUUUACUAAAUUUAUUUACCUAAUUUAGUUAUUCCAUCGUUCAAUAAAAUAAUAAUUGUAUUAUUAUUAUGUGCCUACGUUUCUCGUUUAUACAAAAUAUAAUCGGCUGAAAUACAAAAACCGCGUGGCUGUGUAUUCAUCUGAAAAUUUGAUACGUUUGUGUUUAUUACAUAUUUAUAUUAUACACUCGCGUAUCGUUUGUUCUUGUAAUCGUCGCGAACCGAUGCGAGGUACUUAUAUAAUAAUAUAUUAUUACUUAUUUAAUGAUAAUUUUCGUAAAUUUAACCGUGUAUAGUGUAUACGUUGUCUAAAAUAAAUACUGCCUGUAUACCUAAUAUUGUAACAAUAUUAAAUCGUUUAAACAAAUAUUAUUCGGUGUAAAAUAUUAUAUGCAAUAGUUCUCUUAUAGCAAUUAUAGCAAUUAAUACUUAAACGUUCAUUUUAUUUUGAAACGUUGCGAAACAAAACUUCCACAUUUUACACCUACUCGUAUAUUAUAUUAUUAUCUCUCUAAUAUAUAUGUGUAUAUAUAUAUAUGUAUGUAUUUAUUUUUAAUGUACUCGCUCAUUAUCCCUUAGUAAUAUACACUUUUUAUUUUUUAAAAAAAAAACCUUUUUUGCCAUUCUAUUGUUAUGGUUAUUAUAGCUAUUACAAUAAAGAUAGUGUAUUGUGGUUGUUUUAUCAGAUGACAACUUAAUAAUUAUUCGAAUUAUAAAACAAUUUAUACGUGUAACACUCGUAAUUUAUCGUUUUUUUUUUUUUUUCUAAUAUAUUAGUGAUUAUAAUAAUAUAUAAAUGAAAAAUUACUCAAAUAUAUGUUUUUUAUAUGUUUCAGAUGUCUAAGUCCCAGAUCGGCAUAUUUCUACGAGUUUCCUCCAGCAGGUAAAAUAUGCAAUAUUGUACAUUUUUUAAUACUCGUAUAGUCUACAGUUUAUGUUUCCCGUUACAUAAUAUUAAUAAACUGUGUAAAAGAUAUUUUUAAUAGGUUUAUUCAUAUCCGAUUGUAUAUUAAUGACAAACAUUAAACAAAUAUUGAACCGUUAGCCACAGAUUAUAGUAUUAACUUUAUAUACAUUUUUGUAUUAUUAUUUAUUUAUUUUGCGACGAGUUAAUUAAAAAUGAAAAAGGUCCUUUUUUCCUUUUCGAAGCUCGUUUAUUCGGUACACUUAACAGAAACGAUAUUAAAAUAAGAAUUUCCAUCUUCUUUGCAUAUACAAUAAAGCUGCUGCUGCAAUAGCGGAAAGUUGGGAUCCUACGAAACCAAAGAGUGAGAGAUGCGAAAAGAAUCCUUUUUAUUCUCUCUUACGCUUUCUUCCCCUAUUUGUAUAUAUCCUUCUCGCUCGCACCCUUUUCUAUUUUGUACAGAACCAAGGGAAACUCGGUAAUUUCGUGGUUUUCCCAAGGCCGAGAUGGAUUUUAUCCACAGUGAGCCCAGGAUAAAAUUUAAAUGGAAAUUAGACGGCAUCCCAGGGGAGGAAACUGGGUUGUGGGGAUUUGAAUAGCUUUCUGUGGUAUAUAGACAGGGAAAGAAGGAGACCUUUGCGCAGUGUAUAUGCUCGAAAAUAGGGUUUGUUUUCCAAAGGUUUCGACGUAUUUGUGGCAAACGUGUCGAUGUGAUGUUCGGCAGGCAGGUUGUUCGUCCACUCGUGCCCUUUUUUGUAUACCCAUGCCCGUGUUGAUUUAUUCCUAUUUUUAUUGUGCUUGCUGGUUUCCCUCCGUAAAAUAACUGCAAUAUCCGCGAGAUCGGAAAAAUAAUAUUAUCUUCUCAAAGAUUAUAAUAAUAAUAAUAUUAUUAUACACUACUCGAAAUUCGUUAGAAGGUUUGACGCCGUAUAUGCGAUAACGAGUGUACGGUAUAAAAAAGAAAAAAUUAGUUAUUUUUAUAUAUUAGAAUAUUAUACAGUUCGUUGUAAUUUGUUUUCCAGACCGACCUGGUAAAAAGAAGAUAACAUUGACACGGUUUCUGCGGAACUUCAAGACUCACAGGAGAGAUAAAUCCCGAAGUCAACAAAACGUUUCGUCCAGGGUAAGUACCUUCCUAUGUACCAAAUAUUUUCUACCGUUUUGCAAUAUUCGCAAAAAAAAUAUGUCGUCCACGCACAUUAUAAGUGUUGACUACUGUCGACAAAAAUUUAGGUGACUGCGUGACACUAAUGCACACAAAAUAAUGUAUACCCACGAGUUUCUAUGUGAAAUGGCAACGGCGAUUCACUCGUCCGUGCGUGUGGACUCAGUGGUUUGACGGGAAAAGGCUGCUCAUUAAUCGUUAAUUAACAUUUCAAACCGAAAGGGAACAGUUUGACCUCCUUUUUUUUCGUUAAAAAAAAAUAAUAAUUUUUACAGCAGUAAAUCAAAUAGCAUAUAAUUAAUUCCUAUAUACAUUCAACAAAAAAAAAUUCCAUAGAACGCUUAAGACCUCCCACCCGUUUUCCAAAUCUCAUAAGUAACUAUGGUAACGCGUGUAUACUCGAGACUGAUAUAACUAAAAAAAAAAGAAAAAAAAUUUAAGGUACUAUAAAAUCGUUCGGCUAAGUGUCUUUUUGUAUAUAUGAAUAUAUAUUUUUAUUUAUAUAUAUAUAUAUAUAUGAAUAUUAUGCCCGUCAUUUUUUUUACGUCUCUUUUUUUUUCUUUUUUUUAAUUUUAUCGAUCCAUCUCUUUCUUUUAUCCUAUCGUGGCUGUUGACCCGAAAAUGUCUGCGUUUUCAUUUUAUAUAUUUUCGAAUAUGACAUUUCGGUGCUGACAUAAUAUUAUGGAUGUGCAAUAUAAUACCAGUAUAGAUAGUAUAGCCGACGGUAAUCAUCACGCAAAAGUCAACGACAAUGACGUUUCCAUAAAAAUAAAACCCAUUCUUUUAUUUUAAUAUUAAUUUACAUGGUAUUUCGUAUUUAAUGGUGUAACCCGACUUGAUGGUUGAUCAACAUUUAUUCUCCUAUGUAUUAUUUUUCAUUUUUCUAUUUCUUCCUAUAGUUUAAUAGCUUGUCAGUUGUCAUAUAUUAUACAAAAUUGAAUAUUUAUAUUAUGUUGAUGGCGGAGGAGAAAGAUGAGGUAGGAUUGUUGAUCAUAUUACAAUUCUAGGCCUUCUUCAUGAUUACAAACGUGUUUUUAUAAUGCUUUGUAUUUAUACUAUUUUAAAACUUUUUCAGUAAUUUAUUCAAAUGUAUUUAUAUUAUAAAUGAAUAUAUGCUAGAAUCACAAAUUACAUGUUCCAAAAAUCACAUUUUUCAAAAAACAAAAGAUCUGGGAAAGGGGUUUCUUGUGCAAUAAAGAAAUUCAAAAUGCAUUUUUCUUGUGAAAUUUAAAUUAAGAAAUUCAAAACUGCCAUAAAAAGUUUAGGUUUUAGUUAUUAUCUAAUUUUUUUUUUUUUUUUAAGAAAAAUUAAAUAGAGUUCAUUAUCAAAACUCACAAGAUCCAAUGGAACUUGUUAUAUUUGAUUAAAAUUCUACUUUCUGGUUAGUUUUAAACCAGAUUUUAUACGUCUCGGUAUGAACUGAUAACAGAACUGGUUUCGCCUUCAAAAACCCUACAAAAUAGUAUUACGAACUAAUUUUCCCAUUUUUUUUUUUUUUCUGAAAUAUGUGAGUUUUGAUAUUAGUUUAUUUAAACGAUUUAACCUAGAUGCGAAAAAGUGUCAAAAAUGUCUUAACUACUUAGUUCCGAAACUGGCUAUGUGCCAUCGUUAAGUAAUUGAUAAAAUAUUGUGGAAUGGUCUACGUAUUAUUAAUAUUUGAAAAGAAACAAAAUAAAGUAUAAAUAUAAAUAAAUUAUCACAUUUAAAUUACAUGAAGAUAAGUGAAGAAAAAACAAAAAUAACAGGUAGAGCGUGUAAAAUGAAUAACAAAAACAAUGGUAACAGGCAAGUAUAAAGAAUUGGUAAUUAAAACAAUAAUAACAGGUUUUUUGUUUUUUCUUCAUUUAUAUGUGAAGAAACAUGAACAGAACAGAAUGAACAUAUUUCAUAAUUUAAUAUACUUUUUAAAUUUGUACGUCUUAGUUUAAAUUUUUUAAACAAUUAAUCUUCAUACUAUAAUAAUAAUUACAUUUUUAUUACGUAUGUAAAAUAUAUUUUAAUUUAAUACUUAAACAGUUGAAUGUCGCUUUUUGUUAAAUAAAAGUGUUAAAAUUUUAUUGAAAAAAAAAAAUAAUAUUACAUUAUACAAUAAUAAUAACGAUAAACCAAAAUUAAUUUAAUACUAUAGUUUGGUAGGAAUUUUAAUAAUAUUAUAUUUGUAAAUUGAAUUUAUUUUUGGUGGUAAAUAUUGUUAUGAUAAUAAUAUAUCUGUGGGUUACAUGUGCACUUCUGAUGACGAUGUGCCAGUGGAAUACCGAUUCGCGUUUCUGUGUAUUUACAUGCCAAUCAGCAUAUACUGCGGGGACCCGCACCGGAUUUAGUCAAAGCAAAGGGGAAUGAACGCGAAAAAAAUAAAUAAAUAAAUCCCUUGAGAAUUUCUAUUUUUACUACACAGUCCCCUCUAUGACAUGUCGUCGGAUAUGUACAACCAAAUUCACCAAAAAUAUAUUUAUUUUUUUUACCAUCGACGCACGUGCGCAUAUUUUGUCGGAAAAAUAAAUAAUAUUAUGUAUAUGUACAUUUUUUAUAUACCGAUAUCUCUCGCUUCUACAUUGGCGGUAACUAUUUUUUUUAUUUUUUAUUUUUUUUAUUUUUUUUUUUUUUUUUUUUUUUUUUAUAUAUACGAGGAUGAUAAAUUUCCUUUAUAGAAUAUUCGUCACAACACGAUUCCAAAAUUUAAUUCUACGAGGUCAUGACUUCACGAGGGGUUAAACCUGGUGAUCUGACACAGAGCUCGUUGAUAUUCGGUGACAUUUCACACCCGAACGGAUUUAAUACGAACACAUAUACAAACCGCAGUUAUAAACACAAAGUAAUUCAUGUUACCAAGAACGGGUCCGAAGGAAGGGCACUGGAGGAAAAUGCCACCCCCAUUACCAAAAAAAACUUUAUGGUUUUAUAUGUACCACAUUAUAUCAUACAUACUAUUUUUAAUAUAAGAUGUCAAGAAAAUGUUGAAUAAAUUCAUAAAAAUAUAUUAUAUAUUAUGAAAAUAUAAAUUAGAAAUAGGAACUUAUGCAGAUUGGUACUAAUUCGAAUUUUUCACUUCUUGUAAAUAUAUAUAUAUUAUAUAAUAUAAACAUUGUUUUUUCACGUUUAAAUUUAAUAUUUGUCAAAACAAAAACAAUAAUAGUGUAUUAAACAUCCAUCAAUUAAAUAUCUAAUACAUUUGAACAAAUCUGUCUUUACUUUGAUAAUGUUAAAAAUCAUUCUAUUUUAAUUUUUUUAUUUGCGUGUGUUUUUCACAAUACAUCCAAAAGUACAGAAUUGAAGUCUUACACUUCCUUUAUAAGUUAUUAACGGUUUAUCAAUAAAUAUGGCAUCAAAAAUCACACGUUUCGAAAAAGAAAGCGGAAAAUUAUAAUUUAGCCCCUUAAUUGCGCUUAUGGUAAGUGCGUUGACCGUAGAUAGUAUACCGUAUAGAUGCUGAAUUUACCAUUGCGUGUUACGAUAGACGAUAUCUUGGAUUGGUCAUUCCUAGUUUUAAAACCUGCAAAAACUACAAAAACUAUGAAAAUCGAUACGAUAAUAGAACUAGUGAUUUGGAUCAAUAAAAUUCCGAUAUUACGUGAAUCUGAUAAUUCGUAUUCGUUGUGAAAAGCCGACACGAAGUCGUUUCUUUUUAUGGGCUAGUCUCCAGUAUUUCCCUGUUAUUAUUACUUAAUGAUCAUCGAAAAAAACCGUUAUAUUUUCUUUUCCGCAAAAAAGUAAAAACCACACAUUCUCUUUUUCACACAUAUUUCGCCUCCUUUCCUGGUUUGUUUAUUUUAAUCUAUAUGUGUGUUACAAAACAAUCGGGAUUUCAGUUAGUAUAUUGUAUACAAUUCUGUCGGUUUUUUAAUUACGGCCCAACCUUUUUACAACGAUUCCCACCCUAUGCGUGUAAUACGACGUAAUACGGCAAAAUCUUUGAAAUUAUAUACUUCUCUUAACGAGCGUUUAAUCGAAAAACGCUUAAUCGUCCAUGUAAUAAAUAAGUAUAAUGUACUAUUUUUGUAACCAUGUUCAAAUCGUCAUUUAUUUUUUUCUGUACCGGAACUGCACGUCAAAGAAUAGUACUUACCAUCUCUACAGUUUGUUUUCUAUGGUUGAUUUCUCUAUAUAUAAUGAGCUCGGAGACCGCCACUAUACUCACCCGGGUCUUCUGCCCUGUUAUUAUAUAUAUAUAGCGACAUUAGAGUUUUCUACAGAAUCAAAUAGCCGACAACUUUACACGAAUAUUAUUAAUCAUAUAUAUAUUAUCAUAAUUUACACAAAAAUCGCAUGAAUAUAAUAUAUUGUACGCGUUUGUAUUUUUAUUCGAAAAUAAUUAUAUGUUAGUAACAAAUUUUAAAUUUUAAUUUUGAUCUGAUGCGCAUAAAAAUGUACAACUACAACGCUAAUUUACGUAUUAUGGCUCGUGAUCAGAUCGUUUCCUGCGCUAUAUUUUGUCGAGAAAUCGCCAAACUUUUCCCCGAAUUACCGGCCUUAGAUUACUUCCCUCUCCUAUAUUUAUACAUAAAAUCUUCUGUACAUUAGUCACGUCGUACCGGUAUGGGAGGAGUCACAAUACUAUUUGGCACGAAUCCCUAAAUUCUCGCUCCCCGUGAACGAAUUCCGUCCUAUUUGCUGCGUUUUUACCCCAUCACAGUAUAUAAAAACGCUACAGUAAUACUCCCGAGGCAACCUGUGAACAAAUCGUACUCUUUUUACAUUCUUUUACAUUCCAUCCCUGGUUAGCAGUUAUGAUGAUAAUGAUAAUUAUACCGUCUAUAUCCUCGCUGAUCCGGAUUUCCUUACAUUGAAUUAACUUAUACGAGUUAUUUUUUGUUUUUUUUAUCGUGAUCCAGCGAUUAUCCAAGAAGAUUUUGAAUAAAAUUGAUUUUGGUUUUUUCCGUCGUUAUUAAGUUCAUUUAAUAAUCGUCUUUAUAAUUAGGACUGCGAAUUUAAUACAGUGGAAAACCUUAAAAUGCUCAAAACAUGCAAUCAAAUAGAAUAAAAUAUGCAUUUAAAGUCUCAAAGAAUGCAAUAUAAAAUGCACUUUAAAUGGUUUUUAAUUAAACUUUUAUAUUUAUUUUGAUAUUAUAUAUCGCAAGUAAAUAUAACUAAUGUAAAAAUAACUAAUGUAAGCAAUAUUGUCUUAUUUUAUUAAAUAUUAUAUACAGCCUAUGUAAAACAAAAAAUAUUACGGAAUUUGAUUAAAAAUACCGGAAAAUUAGUUAAAAAGGAAAAUAUGACUUAAAAAGUCUAAAAUAAAAUUUCAUAAAUUUAUUCGUUGUUACAUAAUUCAAAUUAUGUAGUUAGAAAGCUAUCUUAAACAAUCAACUAAAAAAAAACACUUUCCUACAAAUUCACAGCCCUAUUUAUAAUAUUUACAAAAUUGUACUCUGUUGAUUUUCAAAUAGUAACCUCCUCCCCCCUUUAAACCACAUUUUUUUUUUUAAAUCAUCUGAAGUUCAAAAUAUUGUUAAAAUUAAGCUUAAACAAUUCUGUAUUUAUUAAAAGAGCAAAUUGAAUUGACCUAAAAUUCUCAAACAAAAUCACUGGAUCAUGAUAACAAAAAUAAUCACCUUAUAUAUAUUUUAUUCUGUUUCAGGCACUAAUUCCACACACGUCUGCUAUUAUUGUUCUUUUAAUAAAAUGCAACCAUUGAUUAUUUCAAAACUUGUUUCGUAGGUUUAUUACAUCACUUACACCGAACAAAAUUUUGACCAACCAAUUCUACUUCGAUUUGUUCUGUAUAUUACCUAUAUUUCUAUUUUGAUAAACAAUUUUGAAAAUCAAAAAGGCGUAUUAAUUAAAAUGAUUAUUUUUCAAUAUGAUAUAAAACGAAACGUAAUAAUUAAUUUAUUGGGAAGUUUUAAAUUAUACUGCUGACAGACCGAAAUUUAAAUAAUCAUACGAUUAGUUCUUUUUUGCGUGGACGCCUAAUACACUGCGAACUUUUUGUAGUUUAAUUGUGUUUUGAAUGACUAUUAUAUAUUCACAUUCAGUUUUUACGUAAUCCAGAAUGAUAAAUCGAUUGAUGUUUAAUUUAAUUGCAUGUAAAUCAUUUAAAUUAAUUUUUGUUUACGUUCUGUAACACGACAAAAUUAACGUCGGUUAAUACUACAUUGCACAUACACAUCAUCUAUACGUAUUGAAAACUAAUGAGUAUAAAUUAUAAUAUAACAAAGUCAUUUUAAUUACAACGUGAGAACAAAUAAUUCCGUUUUAUUUUAAAUGGAUUACGGCGAUUAUUAUAUUAUUGUGCGUUAUAACGGAUUUUGAUAAAAGGUUUACUUAAAUGUCGUCUUUUUGUAUUAUGAUUACUAUUAAAUUAUCCUUUACAUUAAAAAGUGUCACAUAAUAAUGAUGUCAUCGCAGCACUAUACAAAAACUCAUUAUCUUAUUUCUAUAACGAAGUGAGUACUCGCUUAUCUUGAACCCCAACGACUCCGAAAUCCAUUUUGGCUCGUCGCCAUUUUAUAUCUAAAAAAAAAACUUUCCUAUUGUACCUAUACAAAGUUCAAUAUUAGCUUAGGUAUUGUCGCGAUGUUAAUGUAUUCCAACUUUAUGAACUCGUUAAUUGAUUUUCAUCCAAAUCAGAAUAUAUAUUAUAUUAUAGGUAUUUGCAUUUUUAACAUUCCGAAUAAUUGUUUAUGUCGCCUUAAAUCAAAUUAUAAUGAUAUACAAUAUAAAAUAAUGACAAAAGUAUAAAUAUAUAUAUACAUAAACUACUUUUGGUAAUUAAAUAAUGUUGGAAAAUUGAUUUUAUUUUUACGAAUAAUAAUUAUAAUUAGUAAUUCAAAUUUUGACGUGUGCGUAAUCUGAUUAACAUAUUAAAGUAAAUUAACAAUAAAUGAAUAAUGUAUAUAUAAGUAUUAUUAUUGGGUUUGGUUCUUACUAUUAUAAUAAUAGUUGAGUUAUAGAAUUCAGCGUUUUAUGUAUAUUAUUGUUUACGUAUUUCGGUUCUUACAUAGUUAUAUAAAUUGUUGGAGUUGAAUAAACACGAAUUAAUGUCAUAAUAUUAUAAUUAAAUAAUAAUAGUACUGACGUCCGUAGAUGCAACCCCGUCAUCUUUAUGAUUGUUUAGAAAAUAUUAUUGAAUUAUAUCUCGUUUGAAUCGUUAUUAAAUUUAUAUAUAUAUAUAUAUAUACAUUCACAAAAUGUUAAAAGAAAAAAAAACAAACGUUUGUCAAAAAUAUUUUACGAUUAAUUUAAAAAUAUUUAAUCGAUCUGUCAAAUAUAUUUCAAACAAGUCGAUAAAAAUUGAUAAAAUACGGUUAUUCACAUUUCUUAUACAUUUUAUUAAGUUCCAACUGUUAAAUUAAACAAAUUUUUAGUAACUUCUGAAUUUGAAAUGAUAAUAAUAAUGAUUUAUAUUUAGCCAUCCAAAGACGUUUAAAUAUAUUUAAUAUGAUUGUAUAGCACUGUAUUAAAGGAACAUCUGAUAUUUGACUAGGUUUCAAGUUUGGACAAUACUGAUUUAGACUAUAAUAUACAAUUACAACGUUUAAAUAAAUUCACUAGUACACAUUAACCUGAUUCGUGUAUUAAAAGUUUCGACUCAGGUAUUAAGAAAUGCAUCUGAACAGUAUAAAUCAAUUAAUAUUUUUGACAGAAAUUGAACAUUGUUUAUGUAUAAUGUAUAGUUUAUAUAUUUUAUUUUAUACGAGUUUAAUUCUAAUAUUUGAGAUGCAUAUAAACUCGCGUACUAAUCCGCAUCAAUUAAGCUUAUGCGCAUUAAAUUAGUGCGUAUUAGCGACAUCACAUAAAUGUGAUAUACUCGUAUAUAUCUUGAGAAUGGAUUUAAAUUGUAACGUGUAAUCGUAUUUAAUGAUAUAAAUUAUAGGCCUCGCUAUAACAUUGAAAUCUAUAAUCAAUUAUUAUCAAUAUUUAAAAUUGCACGCUGCAUUAUUACUAACAAUACAAUAUAUUGUAUGAAACUUAAUAAAUAUCAUACCAAAUAUUAACGUAGACCAAUCAUGUUUUAGGCCAACACUCCCGAUUGUUUGGGUAUGACAAUGAUGGAUAACAGAAAUCGUUGUAUGCCGAUGUCCGGCCGAAACCAUCAUGUUGGCAAUCCAUCCGGUUUUGAAGAAACCAUUCAUCGGGUAAGCAAACAAAUAAAAUAAGCGUCCCUUAAAUUUAUAAUUGUAAUUCGAACCUUUUUGUCUGAUGCUGCAAUAUGGUUUACAUUGCCUCGAUUUCGUCCGCAAACUUCGCGUUGCUAUUCAAAUAUUAUAUAUUUAUUAAAUUAUUAUGAAAUAUUUUGCGUCGUUUCGCAAAUAUGUUUUCUAUGUAUAAAAUUCAAGUUUAUAACGACACCGUAUGAUGUGUAUUAUAAAAAUAUUUAUUAAAAAUAAUUUCAAACAUUUAAAAAAUAUCGCUUUGAACGUUAUUUUUAUUUCAUUUUUUUUUUAAAAAAUUCUGUCUCGCAUAUUACAGUGCACAAACACAUUGUGAAGAUUUUAUCCUCGUAAAAGUAUAACGUUUAAAAUCCGAUAUAGAAUGAGGUAUUCGACCGAAAAAUGUGGUUUUCCAAAAUCUCAAAGUUCGGUAAAUUCGUCUUGUUCACCGGCGCAAGGAAUUUUGUUUUCCUGUAAUUCAACAAACAGAUUAUUAUGGCGACUAUUUCUUUGGGAAAUAAAAUAAAAUGUUACAACACAUAAGGACAUUUCGAAUUAUUGAAAUCUUUUGGAAGAUUAGAAGUAUCUUUUUCUUUUAUUUUUUUUUUUAGAUAUCUUUUAACCAAAUCUGCACGUGCAUCAUAUUAUUAUCGUAUGUUUAUAUUUUGCGUAUACAUAUAAACAUAAUACAUAUAUUUUAUAUGCUAUUUGGCAAGCGAAAAACUUUGGUCGAAAUAAAAUACAUAUUAUACGGUUUCUGACCGCGGUAUACGCGUAUCGGGUCGUUUCGAUCGCGCGUAUAGAAUCCGCUAUACGCUCGAAUAAUAAAAAAAAAAAAAAAAAAAAAACUGAAACCCACGUCCUAAUAAACAACGCGCCGAACAAAGCUCGGUUUUUGGGUUUUCUCGCCGUCCCUUCCAGAGUUUCACUUCUAACCGUUUUAUUUAUUUAUUUAUAUACGAGUAUAUUGUAGCGGACCGCCACCCGUCGCGUCUUCUUCGCUUCUUCCCGUUUGCCCUUAUCCCGCGCGCGCGAGUAUAUAUAUAUAUAUAUUAUAGUGUAAUAGUCGCACGUCUACAACUAUACAACGCAUGCGAAUAUUAUAUUUUAUAUGUCUGCGUUUACAGUUCAAUAUUCGACUUAUAGACCCCGGCGUUCCAUAUAUAUAUAUAUAUACGAACCGCAGUGUCGGCGGCGGCUCGUACACUAAUAAACAACAUUAAAGUCAGAUUAGGAGACGCGCGCGUGGCGGUGAAGUCGCCGCGAGUCAUUAAAAACUUUUCAACGCCAAGUCGUUGGUUUGUGUGUGUGUUUGUGCGUGCGUGUGUGCACCCACGCUGGAGAGAGAAACCCAUAAUGUUUGCCCCUUUUUUUUCGCACCGUAACGCCGCUGCAUGCAGUACCUUUUUUUUCUCUCGAUCUCUCUCACACGUGUACACGUAUGUGUGUUCGUUUCGUGAGGACCAUGUAUCGCACGUGCACACACACACACACACACACACACAACACACACACACACACACAACACACACACACAUACAUGCGCGAGCGCCCUCGCACACAAAAAGCCCGUGACGACGGUGUGUUAAUGCGCUCGCGUUUCACGACCCGCGGGGACCCAUUAAAGGUCGUGUGCGGCGGCCGUUACUACCGACCGGAGUAACAUUAAUCUUGUUAUGCGCGCGCGUAAAGCCGCGGCAGGAUAGGACGAAGAAUUUACAGUUAUGGCGGGUGAGUACGCGCGCCGCGGAUAAUAAUAUUCUUUCGCUCGGUAAUAUAAAAUACACAACAACUUUAUAGGCAUAGGUACCUAUACCUAUAAGCUACGCUGUAAAAUAAUUAUAAACGUUGCACCAAACGUGCGUUUUAUGCACGGGAUGACGGAUAUUAUCUAAUCGGUGCGAUGCAUAUUUUCCAGUUGAAAGUCCAAGAGGCUAUGAUCAAAAAAGAGCGUUUCGACCGGGAACACGAGGACAUCCUCCGGGAAAUACGUCAUGGACUAAUGCACUACGGUUCGAGUGGACCUGGACCGGGAAAACCAUCGCCGCGGAACAACUCGGACGAGACGUACAUGUACGACGACGAUAUGCUUCGGCACUGGUACGACGAACCGCCGUACGAGUCCGAUCCCGAGGAGUUGCUCAUGGAACACGCUAACAACAGGUUUGUGCCGCGAGCGGUUCUACGAGCUGUGACGUUAGUCACGUCGUCCUCCUCCUUUCUUGUUAUUGUUAUUUUCGUUUUCAGAGUUUACUACGGUUACGCCAAACAUAGGACACCACGAAACAAUAAUUCCGGUUCCGUCAUAUCGUUGCGCAGCGCCGGUGACAUAUCACUCUCCGGUGGCCAUCACCGCGGGAGUAGCGGCCACCGCCGACAAACGGCCACGGGCCUAUUGUUGCCAGCUUCUGGUUCCGGUCAACCAACCACCAUUAUACCGUUGAAGAGACAGAACAGGGAGAGCGGAGACUACGCCACGUCCGACGUACAAAGUGUUUGGUAAUUAUAAUGUAUUCUGUAUAUUCCAAUAAUAUAAAUAGAUGGAUUUUAUCGAUGCUGCUUAAAAUAUGACAGAGACUAUAGAUUGAGAUGGUAUACGAUGGGCUUGUUGCAAGAAGAAUAAACGAUGUAUGAAAUAAUAGUAAAAAACAUAAAUUAAAUAAGUAUUAUAUAUAGACGGGAGCCGGAGAAAUGAUAGGCAUGCAAAAAAAAUAAAAGUCACCUCUUAUACGUAUAGGCGUAGAGAUACGUGAGUUUGUGGGGCAGAUGAAGAAAUGGUAGAUAAUGAUAUAAGAAUAUGUGAACAACAAAAAUAAAAGUAGCCGGCCCGUGGGAUGAAAGACCAAUUUAUUAAUGUAUGCGAUUCGUCAUUUAAUAAAGGAUUUUCCUCUAGUGUCUAUAUAUUGCAUCAGACUCUCUCUAUAAUAUUAUUAAUACCGAUUUGUCUUACGUUUUAUCACCCUACAGUGAUAAUAUUAUAAUAUAUUGGCAGCCCGCCGACUAAUUACUUACUAUACUUUAAUCUAUGUAAAUAAAUCUAACACGAAGACGGUGUAAUUAAUUUGCAUUACAAAAUCGCAUCAACAAUAAUUAUACUAAAUGAUUAACCGUACGUUAAAUCGGGUAUUGAUAACAUUAUCACGUGCGUAUACUAUUUAUUUUUGUUGUUUUUUUUUUUCGACAACCAGAGAGUUAUCUAUAUUCAUAUCGUCUCACCCCUAUAUUUUAUAUUAUAUAAUAUAAUAUAUCCAACACUCCCUAAUUAUUCCAUAACGUAAUAAGUCAUCUAUAUUUAAUCUUCCUACGCAUAAUUUUUUAAAUAGGGUUAGUGCCUCACUGCUACUACUGUCCCCAGAGACUUGUCGUCGCCGGUCCUAAGAUAAAAAAUGAUUAUUUUUUUUAACGGUGUUUUUGUUUUCCACUACUUAAUAUUUGUUGGCAUUUUAAAACAUGAAAUAAAAUUUAAACCUCGUGUUGUCAUAAUAAUAUGCAGUUUACCGUUAUUACAAAUACAUAUAUGUAUGUAUACGCAUUUCUAACUCGUUAUUUACCACUGUCUACCUUUUUUUAUUUCUCUCGUAAAAUAAUUUUUACUAAUUGGUUUUAUUAUUUAAAUAUGCAAAUUGCAUUCGGUUGUAUAUAAUAUAGUUAUUACUAUUAAAAUGUUGUUUUUAAUUUUUCACAAUCAACGUACGAAGUAAUGACAUAAUAAUAUGUGUUUAGCAAUUUUCAAUACGAAAGGUAUUCAAAAAUAUCUGCAUCAGACAUAAUUCUUUUAACUAAUGUUUCAACUGAACAAUCCGAGGAUUAUUAUUGGCUUCGGUGGCAUGUUUCUAAAUAAUAUAUCGGAUUAAUAAAAAAUAUUUAGCCGUCAGCAGUAUUCAAAAUGAGAAAUGGUGAUGCAUCUCUAUGGGUAUAUUAAACAUGUUAACUUAAAUGGAGAAAGUAUAAAACGUUAUACCUAGUAUUGUUUCAUUCGUUUUGUUUUUUAUUUCGCAGGAACAUCACGUUGAGGCUUGAGAAUCCGACUGCAAUUGCUUUUUGUAGUAAAUUUAUGACCGGACGCUAUCUUAUCUUUUUUUUUUUUAAUGGAUAUAUAGAAAGGUGUUUUGUAGUUUAGGAUUUCGUGUACUUCUUUUUACCCUUAAAUGUGCCAUAAAUUUGCCGAUAACGUAUAGCAAUUGUAUAGAAAUCAAUUUCAUACUUGCCGAGUAUGUUUAACGCCACUCUUGGGCGGAGUAUUUAAGUUUUUUUGUCAUUGUGUGUUGUAUAAUAUAUCAUAAUAUAAGAUUAUUAUUCGAAAAUAAGCUUAUACGCGAUUUACCGGUUUCCAUAAUUGAUAACAUUAAUAGUUGAUUAUGGGUUAUUGAUAACAUUUUUUUUUUCUUUUAACCAUCUUUAUUCGUUUUUCGUUCAUCAUUUCAUAAAUACAACUAUUGUAUAAUUUUCCGUGGUUUUUAAAUUUUUUAAGUAAGUUUUUUUACCUUAGUGUGCUUUAUGAAGUUAUUUUAAUAGGUAAUAAAAUUAAAAUUAUUAUUUUAAAAUAAUAUUUCAUGUUUUUAAAUUAUCCGGUAGUUUGGCUAUAAUUUAUGCUUGAAGCUUAACAAAUUUUUAUUUUAAAAUCAGUGGAGCAUGGUAGGUUUAAAAUGAAUCUUGAAAUAUACGAUGUAUUCGAUAGUAUCGAUUAAUCGAUAAUUUAAUCGAAUACAGUCGAUUAUUUUAAAAUAAUUGACUAUCGAACAUUUUGAGUGACUACUUUGCAGGCCUAAUUUGGAUAUUACGACCCAAUGUUUUUUUUCUUUUAAUUUUAAAUUAACAGCCAAGUACAUUUAUAUAACAAUAUUAUUCAAUGAUUUCUGUUGAAUAUGUUUAAUACAAUUGUUUCUGUUUAUACAGUUUCUCGAAUUAAAAAAAUAAUAGAAGAAGGACUGUGUGAUACAAAUUAGCUUCCUUUAAAAUUAUUGAAUUUAGCCUAACCCGCCCUUAAACCACUUUCAAACAUAUUUCAAUAAUAGGUUAUCUGAAAAAAAACUAUACGAUCAAUAAUACUCCUGCAGGCUAUUUUUUAUUUAUAUAUUUAUUUACUUCAUAUAUAUUAAUAUGCAUUACCAUUUAUAAUACUAUAAUAUUAAAUUAUAAAAAAAUAAAUAUACAAUAUAAAAUAUAUUUGAGUUGAUAGUACAUGUUUAUUGAAAAUAUUAUUAUUUGCAAAAAGAGACGUGCUAGUAAAAAUAAUUGAUAAGGGGACGCUAAAAAAAAGUAGCUCUGUCCCCUUGUAUACCAUUCCCCUAUUUAUACAAUGGAUUUAUGUAGUAUUAAGUAUUUACCUCAAGAAGAAAUAAUUUAAAAUACGAUCGACAACAACGAAAAAAAGUUUCAGUUUUCAACGUUAUUUAGCAUGGCGGUAUGGACUAAACGCACCUACAAAAUUUACUCUAAAACGUUUGAGUUUAUUUUUUGUAAGCAUGUAAAAAGGAGUCAAAAUGGUAAAUUAAUUUUAUAUUUGUGUAUAUAUUUACUAUGUUUUGGACACGGCUAUAAUAUAUUAUAGGUGCUAAUGUAAAAUUAAUGUGAUAAUGCGUAACGGAUAUUAUUAUUGCAUGUGAUAAUAGUUGUGAGAAUAGAGUUCUCGCGGUGAAAGUGAAAAGUACACACCUAUGAGUACUCGUAUAUCAUUUUUUUUUUUUUUGUAAAUGUGACCCUAUUAUAAUUACACCUUGUUAUUAUUAUAUUUUACUUAUAAAAUAAAGAAAGAAAGAAAAAAUGCCCGGUAGAAUAUGAUUUUUUUGUGUUUCUUCUUCUAAGCCUCGACCAUGACUUCGGUAUUUUUUACGUUCUAUGCGAUUAUCCGAACCUCACGGUUAUCACCAAGGUCAACCGAUCUCACGGUUCAUCAUAUCACAAAGUGUUUUCGUUAUAUGAUAAUUAUUAUUAUACAUACUAUUUUAAUUCGGUAGUGUUCUGAAUUAUUCUAUCAAUAUUCUCAAAAGUUUAUUUAUAUAAUAUAUAAUAUUUGUUUGUAAUAAUUAAACAUUACAAACAAAUUAUCUUUUAUAUUUUUGUAGAUAAAAAAAUAUAGUAUCUGGUUAAAUUAUGAUGGUUUGACUAAAAGCCAUGCAUUAGAUACUCUAGGUUAUAUAAUAUCUAAAUUACACUACUAAUUUUAUAAAAAUAAGACGUACUUUAAAAAAAAAAAAAAAUUAUAUUUUGUAUGUAGUAAAGGAAAUAUUAGUUUUAUCAAGAUGCGAUUUUUUCUAUUUAAACAUUUAACGUACUAAAACCUCAGGGGGGCAUAUAAUACUACGAGUUUAGCCAUCCCGGGGCCCCAAGCUCUUGCUAAUGGAAAACCCUGGUGGGUGAUUCCAGUAUGCAAAUGGCAUUGUUUCUGUAGGGUGGAGAAAUUGACCUUCUAGUUGACAAUACCAUUCUUCAAAUGGAUCAAAUAUUUGGGAUAAAGGUGAAGAAGAAGACUCCAUCUGUAAAAUGUUUUGAUAUUUUCACGCAGUACUUUAAAAGAUGCAGCAUUUUCACUCAAUAGUACUUUGCUUAAAACCCUGGAGGCUUUUCACCUUGGACAGAAUCACGUAUGCUUGGCCACACGUAGAUACUGAAUUACAAACGUCUAAUAAAAAUUUGGUAAACUUAAUCCUUAAAUUUAAUUGAUUGUAAUGACGUAGGCCAAGCAAAUGAGAAAUUGAUACCGGUGCACAUAAACUCGGCUAAUGACUUAAAACUUUCUCAAAAUCCAUUCUUAUACAUUAAACUAUGUGAAAAAUUUAUUUUGAAUUUAUGUUUAUCGGUUAGGUUAGGUUAAUGCCUAACCUAACUGUCAUCAAUAUCCUAUAUGACUUGCUCAAUAGUGUCAAUGGAUCUAUUGAUCAGAUCUAAACUGACGUCAGUGUAUAUUAUAAUAGAGUGUAAUUAAAGUAUCCAUAUAUACGAAGACCCGCUUUUCGUUUGUGUUAAAUAUUCGAAUGAUAGAAAUGAAAACUCCACUUAUAGUAAUUUUUAAUAUUACCAAAAGUAGUUUAUAGUAUAAAAUAAUAUUGAAAUAUUCAUUUUCGUAACAUUAUACCAAAUAUCAUUCAAAAAAUUAGAUUCAUAAAGAAUAAAGGGACAUUCUCUUCUGAUUUUCGACUUUAAAAUAUUUGAAUUCACUGUGACUUAAUACUCCUUAUACUUACAGAGACGUUUACCGAUGUAUUUCUCGCGGUAAAAUAAAUAAUAUUUCACUAUAUUUCUGUAACUUAAGCGUUACUUUUAACGAGGCAAAUGGAUUUAUUAUAUUAUAUAUAUUAAAUAAGUAUUUGACGAUUUGAUCGCUUAUUUUCACUCGCACAAUAUGUUAAAACAGACGGGUGCUCGCGUGAAAUAUUAAGGCUUAAGUCGAUCGUUAUAUUGUACAGAAAUCCAGAUAUUUUUACCGAUUUACCUAAACAUACAUUUUUUUUCAAUAUUAUAAAUAUAGUUUUUAAACAAAACCGUGUGCUCUUAUAGUACAGAAAAAAAUCUUAAUUAUACGUCGCUAUAGUUUACUUAAAAUAAUAUAAUACACAACGGACACGUAUAAUAUUAUUGUAUAUAAUUAUUAUAAUUCCACGCUUUUAAUUGGAACGUACCUUUAUAUACGUUUCCUUUUUGCAGCGGGUUUAUGCUUGACGGUGCCCUUUUUGAAAUAAUUAUAAUUAUGGAAACUAAAAAAACACCCUAUGUCAUUGGGAUUUUUAUAUAUUCGUAUAUAUAUUAAUUAUAUUACGGAUAAUAUUUAAAAUUAGGUAAUGUCGACUUUUCGUUUAGUAGAACUGAUGUUCUGUAUUAGUUUUAAUAUUAUAGCGAAUUGCCCUAUUGUCAAACUUAAAAGUAGGAACAUUGUAUAUGUUUUUGCAACCAAUUUUUUUUCUCGAUAUUUAAAUUUGUUAGCUAGAUACAAAGAUUUUUAAACUGUUAUAUUUCACAUACUCGUAUUUCACUUAAAAGUUAAAAUAUUGACACACGAAACUCAGACCAUGGUUUUACCGUUAAAAGGACGCCACUACUGAGCAACAUGCAAAAACAAUGUUUACGUAGACUAUGUAAAACUAGCUUAGUUUUGAAUUUAGAGUAAAAUUACCUAUUAUGAAAUGUAUAGAGAAGAAUAUUUUGGAGGGAACCUCAUGAGGUUUUUGUAUUAUCCUAAAUAUACGAGUACAGUUUGAUAAAACACACAAACCGCUUUUUUUUAGUAUUUUAAAUAACUGUAACUUUUUUAAUACUUAAUGAUUCAAAAAACACCUUUAAGAUUCCCUCCAAAAUAUUGUUCUAUAUAAAUUUCAUAAUAGGUACUUUUACUCUAAAAUCAAAAUUAAGCUAGUUUUAUUUAGUCUGCGUUAGCAUGAAUUUUGCGUGUUGCUCGGUAAUUAAACUGAGACAGUAAUUGCGGGUGUGGUGUCCUCUUAAGUUUGAUAUUUGGUCACUUUACUUUAAUAUUAAAACACAGCCCAACAUCGAAUAAAAAGACAAACAUUUGACAUUAUACAAUUUUUAACAUUAGCCGUAACAUAUAUAUAUAUAUAUAAUAUGAAACAUAAUAUAUAUUAUUAUGUCUCAUUGACCAUUUAUGGAUAGUGAUGGAGCCCAUAGUAUAAUCGAUCAGAUCAUAGAAUACCUGCUUUAUAAUCUCUCAUCGACCCAGUUCUCUUUAUCCCUCCUAAAUGCGCGUACAAAUAAAUUAUUAUACGGAAUACGAACAUAGUGUAUAAUUAAAUUUAUAAUAAAAUAAUAAAGUAAAAACAAAAUUAUUAAAAUGGUUAAUACUCGUAAAUAAAUAAAUAUAUAAAUAAAAAAUUAAAUACAAUUUUUGGGUUAUAAGAUAGAUAAUGAAGGACUCCAUGUUCUUGAGACUAGAAUUAAGGCUAUAACAUACAUCUGGUAUAAUAAGGAUUUUCGACUAUCUUCAACAGUUUUUAUGACUGAAUUUAUUAAACCAGCUGCUUUAAUAAAUAAUACCUAAAAAAUAAUAAUAAUGUUAUUAUUGUACUUAUCUUCAAAAUAAUUAUAAUGAAAGUAAAUAAAUAUAUAAAUAAAAAAUGUGUGUAUAAAAAUAAAAUAAAUAAAUGAAUCUAUGCGUUACUUGGAGUUUUAUGAUACGUGAAUACACUUAUACUACUGGUUUCGAAUUAAAAUCAAAAUUAUCAUAAUAAUAUAAUCAUCAUAAGGUGUAUCACAAUCAAAGUGUAAAAGAUAACUGAAUAUAAAAAACUAAAUGAAAGAAUACAUAGAAAAAAAAAAAAAGGAAAAUUAUACAAAUUGGUCGUUUUAUAUAGACUACAGAAAUAAUUUAUUUUCAUAGGAGAGAUUAUUUAAAAUUAGUUAUUAUUAGACAUAGGUAUGUUAAAAAAUAUAAAUUAUUUGGUUAUUAUUUAUUAUCUGAAAUGUAUUGAUAUAAGAUAUUAUUUUUAAAGUCGGUUUAAACAUUCAAAAUAUUAUUAAAAUCAUUUUUUUUAUUUCAUUAUUUAUGAGUAAUUCUUCUAAAACUGAAUUAAUGUAAAUGUUAUUUUAGGUACUUAAUAUUUCUAAGUCUGUAUUAAUAUCAAAACUUAUAUUAUGGUUAUUUUCUAAAACAUAUUAGCAAGAUUUUAAUUAGGGGCAGUCUUUUAUAAUUUUAUUUCAGAAAUGUGUUAUUAUAUGUUAUUUUAAAAUUUCUAUUUGUCUUACACCUGUAUAGAAUUUAUUACAGUUACAUUUAAGUUUAUACAUAACGAGCAUUUCCAAAAGAUGAGUGAUUUUUUGUAAAGUUUUUAGUUCUAUUGUUUAUAUAUUUGAUUAAAUUAUUGUUAGUCUUAAAAGCGAUUUUUACAUUAUUUGUAUUAUUGUUCAGAAUUUUAUCGAAUUCGUUAUUAUUCAUACUAUUUUGAUAUUUCAUACUACAAUAGUUAACAACAUUAUUUGGUGAGUUGUGUAUUAUUUUUUUUUUUAAUGCCUUUAUGAUUUUUUCAAUAGUAUUUAAAUUGAAAUUAUUUCUAUGAGCUAUAUUAUAGAUAAUAUUGAGCUCGUGUUGAUAAUUAUAUUUAUUUAAUGGAAUACGUCCAAGCCUAUAGAAUAUUAAAUUUAAAAAUUAUAUUUCUUGAGAAUAGGGGUGAUUAAAAUCGCGUAGUAUUAUAGAAUCAGUUUAUGUAGGUUUCUUAUAAAUACUAAAAUCAAAUUUAUUGUUUAUUAUAAAAACUGUAUAAUCUAAGAAAUUUAAUUUAUUAUUAAUUUGUUUUUGGAGUGUAUAUUGAAAGUUUUAAUUUAUCUUAUUUAACUAGUUUUAAAUAAUUUCUUAUAUUAAAAUAAAUUAUUUCUAUAUUCUAUGUAAAACGACCAAUUUUUAUAAUUUAAUUUUUUUUUUUACAUGUAUUCCUCCAUUUAAUGUUUUAUAUUCAGUCGCGUUUUACAUUUUGACUGUGUUAUAUCUGAUGAUGAAUUUUUAAUUCGAAACCGGUCGUAUAAUAUUCAUAUCAUAAUACUACAGGAGACGCAUUGAUUCAUUUAUUUAUUUUAUUUGUACACAUACAUUUUUUAUUUAUAUAUUUAUUUACUAUAUUUAAUUUAAUUUAAUCAAAUGUACCGCAUUAAACGCUUAAUCGCUUAUGACUCAAUCAAAUAUUAUUUAAUAUGUAUAAGAUAGUUUACUCUAAUGCAAUCAUUCAUUCUAUAUAUUACAGUUCUAGGAUGUCGUCUUUAUCCGUGGAGACCAACCGAUCAGACUAUGAUCAAGAACUUUACCACAGGCUCAGGAUGAAUGUAAGUUUACGCAAUAUUAUACACAAUAUGUAUUGUGGGGCUAUAUGCCCCACACAAUACUAUAUGUAUAGACCCCGCCCCCUUGAAAACAUUUUUUUUUUCACUAAUUUAUUGUGUUUUCUUGUGUAUAGGGAAUGGACACUAUGGUCUCACCUGGCCACAGUUCGGAUUAUGCCGAUCAGGAAGACUCUUUUGUUCAGCAAUCGCCCGUACGUAUAUUGUCUAAUGCGAUUAUUAUUGUUUUCGAUUUUAUACGCGUUUUUUUUUUUUUCUAUGUACAACCUUUCUGUUUUCUUCUUUCAGCGUCACAGUAGAAGACAACAUCAUAGAUCCAAAGCGUCCACGAAGCAACUAAAACAAAAUCAAGGACCAAAUCGUCACCAUAGUUCUGCCGAAAGUUUGCCGAGCACUUCCAGUAAGUAUUUCGAUUCUUCCACGUGCAAAAUACGUUUUCAGUUAUAUUCGAAUACGUUAUUCUAUGAUAGGCGUCCAAGCGUUAAUGGGAGCAGCAUCACAGAGUUCCGAAGAGUCUCCAACUUCUUGUGAUGGAAUUCAAAAGAUACAAGUGUUGGCGUUAGCGAGAGCUAUUUCCAAUAGCAGUCCAAACCCUUACGACAAGGACGCAUUGAAAUUCAAUGUGAGAAUAUUAUUAUUAGAAGAAAAUAAAAUCAUUCUUGAGCAGUAAAGCUCUAUCGACUGUCACUAGAGUCAAAUUUUCCACAAACAAAAAUUUUUUUUUUUUUGUUAUUGAAUAUUUAGUACACAUUUUGUAUGAAUUUGUAUGUAAAUUGUCUUGAUUUUUUUGUAUUGAGAGUCAAUCACGGAUUCGACAAUAUGACACAUUUUUUUGCAGUAAAUUAAUUUUUAAAAAGAAGGGAGUUGAAAGACGUCUCUUCUGCCCCCUUCCCCAAAUUGAAAUACUUGUAAAAAUUGAAAUGUUUCAAUAGCUAUUAAUUUAUAUGUCUAAUCCUGAAAUUCCUACAACUUUCCUAACUGAUUAAAAAUCAGUUAUAAUAUCUAGUUAUAGUAUAAACCUACAAUACUAUACUUAACCUUCCCAAAAAUAUUAAACUUUUAACAUAAGAAUGCUUGGUGUGGUGGUUAAAUUUUGAAACCCCCAAAAGGUACACCCUCGAUACCAAAUGUUAUUUUUUAUUUUUAUUUAAAUUUUUGAUUUCUGUCAAGCUAUUAACAAGAUAUUGACAGAUAUAAGUUUGAAUUAGAGAAAAUUAGUGGAGUAUCAUUUGUGUGAUGGUACAGCUCAUGGUGUUGUUGUAUACCUAUCUUUCAAUGGUACACCUCUACCUAUUUUUAAAAGCUCAAACAACCAUAAUUUAAUCGGUUACAGAUCAGACUUGGAAUAAGGCUAUGUAUUGUGGCUACUCAAAAUAAACGAUAUUUCGCACUGGCUUAACUUCUUUAUUAUAAUUAAAAUACAAACAUACAAAUAUCGGGUCUCUCAAAAACAAUACAUGUAUACACACAAAUGUGUUUCGAUCAAAAACCCGCAUUGACCCAUUGGCUCAUUUGCUUCAUUAGCCUAUACAACAGUGUUAGCAAUGCACUACUACUCUCCUCCUAUCCAAACUUAAAACUGGAAUAUCUUGUCAAUAGUUUGACAGAAAUCAAAAAUGUCAACAUUAAAAUUUAUUUUAAUUAACACUUCAUUUAUUUAUGGACUUUUAAAUAUAGGUUGUAUCUUUAAAAUCAAAAGUAGGUAGUAGUAUUACCCCCAAAAAUAAGGGUGACGAAAAAUAACAUGUUUUUUACAUUUUCUAGAAAACAAAUUCCGAAAAAAAUUAUACUUUCUGAGAUAAUGAGUGUACCCAUUUAAAUAGAUCACAUGGGUACACAUAUAAAAUUUCAUCCUCUUGGCUUUAUUUUUGUGGUCUGUAAUGAUGUCCAAAACUAAACAAAUAUUCCUCCUAUAAUAACAUAGUGAAAUUUAAAUUAAUAGUCCACCCAACUUUUAUAUUAUCACUCUGUCCAUAGAACGAAUAUAAUUUCCAAGUUAAAAUUCAUUCAGAGGGAAUGUCAUUAAAACUGUACAAACGAAGUGGGAAAAAAUAUAUAUAUAUAUAUGAGAUUAUAGGCUGCAAUAUGGUCUCUAUUUUCAAUGGAAAUUCGACAAAACUAAAUUGUAAAGUUAUUAACAAAAUAUUUGUUGAUAUAUUUUAGAAAGGAGAUGUUAUACUAGUGACCACUAUGAAUGCUAGUGGUAUUUGGAAAGGAAUGGUCAAAGGCUAUGAUAGAAUAGGUACAUUCAAAUUCGGAAAGGUCCAGCCUUUAGUCAACGAGAGCAAUGGACUUGAAAAAAGCAAAGAGAAUGCAAAACACAGGCCAAAGUCAUUGCUUCAACUGCUCAGGACUAUAGGAAUGGAGGUAAUUGUUGCUUAACAUUUACAUUAAUUCUGUAGGUAUUGGAAGAAUUACAUAUUUAUAAAUUUAAAAUAAAGGAAAUUAUUUAAAAACUUCUUAAAUGUGCUAACAGAUUAUAAACAUAAUAAUCUAUCAUACUAAUAAUAUAUUUUAUACUUAAAAAUAAAAUGUCUUAAGUCUAUGCCAUCUAAGCUCUUCACUUCAAUAAAACACAAUCAAUAAUACUUCAGGCUAAGUUUUGUUCGUAUAUUUCUUUAUUUUUGAUAUUUUUUACAAAAAUGUCAAUAUUCAUUAUAUUUUGUUAUUGUCAAUUGUAAUGAUCUAAAAUAAUAAUAAUAAUAAUACAUUUUUUGCAUGAGCAGGAACAAAUGUCCGUGUUUGCAAUGAAUGGUUUUGGCGAUCUUCAGUCGUUUUGUGAGAUCCGUGAAACAGACUUAGACUAUAUGGGCAUAAUGGCACCAGAACAGAGAGCAAGAAUUUUAGCAGCUGUUCAAGUCAUGCACGAUUACCAAUGUAUACAUUAAUCAUUUACUAUCCUAUAGUUUUAGUAUAGAAUUCUCGUUUGACAUGGUUUUUUUCCCCCCAACAGCACCUGAAGAUGAUUCUAGCAGCACUGAGGAAAACAAAACAGAUCCAAGCUGUGACGAUUCUCAAGAAGGCGGUCAACGCGCAGUUUCUACUGCAGACUUUCCAAAACUAAAGCAGACACCCAAACCACGUUUCUCAACCAAUAAUAGUAACAACGCUCCACUGUCUUCCCCAGAGUUCAACAAAAAAACACAAAUGUCCACAGAUGGCCAUCAACAUUUUGGUGAAACUUCCAAUGUUUCUGUGGCAGCCACUAAGCUGAACUCAUGCACUUCUAGUGAAAAGUCCUCGGACUCUGGUGUUAGUAGUUCUAGUUCGUCUGUAUGUUUCAGUAAUAUGAGUCGGGGAAAACGAAUUGGAGCAAAUCAACUAAACAAUAAGAAUAAUUUUGGGGGACACUUGGUGCAAAAUGUUAAAGAUUGUUGAAUUUUUCUAAACAAAAUCAAUUUCCUUGUGUGAUAUCAGUUUAUGCUGCUUAUUCCUAGAAAAAAUACAACAAUUUUUGUUUAAACUUGCAUUUACUUAAUAAUCUCGGGCAUUUUUUUGUAUUUAAUAAUCAAAAUAUUAUUAUUACUAUUAAGUAGUUUUAAAAAUUCUAGUUUCAUUAUAAAAACAAAUAACAGUGUGUUUAAUGCUCUGUUAUAAAAUAAUGCUUGUAAAUUCCUUUAGCCCAAUUCUAGCCUUUGUUUAUUUAUGUAUGUGAUAGUGUACAUAAUACUCCAUACUUAUCAGUUAACUUGUGGAUUCUUAAGUCUUACGAAUUUUGUGGACAAGGUUUUAGUCAAUUUGUUGUUGUUUACAAUAAUUUUUUUUUCUUUUUGUUACCAUAAUAAUUGUACAUUAAUGGACAUGAUUGACUUAAUGAAAUAAUUCAUUUUAUGAAUUUAAUAAGAACUGUUUAGAAUCAAAAUGAUUUACCUAUUAGUGUAUAGUAAAAUCACAAAACUAAAUGUUAGUUACAUGGGUAAAAUCAAACCAUUAGAUAAUGAUAAUAUUGUUAGUAUUUAGUUGGGUAUUUAGAAUAAUAUAAUAUUAUAAUUUAUAAUAAAUUUCUACUGAUAAGCAUAUAUUAUGUAAAUAUUAUUUUUAAUUUAUUGAAAGUUAUGACAACUAUUAAACUAUUCCUUUACGUGUCAAUAUAACAAAAUGUUUAUGUAAAUAGUUUAUACAUGUGAACAAUCAAAAUAUUACCUUUUGUCAAAUAAAUACCAAAAAUUAAAGAAUACAUUUUUGUUUUUAAAUAAUUAUUAUUGUUUUGUCAUUUAUAUUAUUGAUUAGUAUUGCUACUCACUUGGUAAAAUGCGCAAUCAAUCAAUAAGAAUCUGUUCUAUAAUGUAUAUGAUCGCCUUGAAAAUUG